UGGGCAGAGGAAUUUGACGCUGGAGCAUGGAUGUUGGUGUUAAACUGUUUGAUGAUUUAACCCCUAAUGGUAAGGAAGCCCUAGGGAACUCCUGGCUCCAUCAGAACUUCAUGUUGAUUAAGUUAUGGUACCUUGCUGCGUGUUUUUCUUUUUUGUGUGUGUGUAUAAAUUCUAUAAUAGUUUAAACAGUAGUAGAUCUUGGACAAACUGCUCAAACAAACGAAAAGUUUAAGUGAAUUUGAAAUUUAAUGUCAGUCGCUGAACUGGAAAUAGAGGUACAUUUUCCCCAUUUCUGUUACUUUUGGAUUCAAAAUUGAAAUUCACUUUGAGUUCCUAACAAUUCUCAUUUUCUAGUGGCUCACCUAGCCUAAUUUGUAAACUCCAUUAUUUCAUUGGGUUUUUCACGUCUAAUUGAUAUACAUGAAUAGUUUUUGUCUCUCUUUGUCUGAAGAAUGCCGUAAAGAGCCUGUUCAUAAUAGGACUAACUUACAUAACUGAAAAGAGACUUGCGUCCAUCAAGUUCAGCCUUCCUCACAUUUAUAUUUUGCUGUUGAUACAAAAGAAGGCAAAAAACCCAGUUUGAAGCACUUCCAAUUUUGCAAUAAACUAGGGGAAAAAAUGAUUUAUUGACCCCAGAAUGGCAGUCAGAUUUAUCCUUGGAUCAAGCAGCUAUUACCCUACAUUGAAAUGUUAUAUCCUUGAAUAUUCUGUUUUUGCAAGUAUGCAUCUAGUUCCUGUUUGAACAUCUGUAUGGAUUCUGAUAAAACCACUUCUUCAGGCAGAGAAUUCUAUUGUUCUUACAGUAAAAAAUGUUUUCCUUUGCCUUAGACGAAAUCUUCUUUCUUCCAGUCUGAACGCGUGACCUCGUGUCCUAUCUAAAGUCCGGUUUGUGAAUCGAUUUCCACACAAUGGUUUGUAUUGGCCCCGAAUAUAUUUGUAUAAUAUCAUAUCCCCUCUCAGGCAACGUUUUAAUAACUAAAUCUGGGGGGCGGGGCUGGACCGCCAUGCUAACUAGUCACAGGCAGGAGAGGCACCUGUAGGGACCGCCUGUUUAAGUUGCACUCAAUGGCUUCUAGGCCUCUUAUGAAACAAAUCCCACAGGUGGCUGAUGAUGAUCACACAGAAUCUGAGAUCAUGAGUUUUAGAGCUCCUGGGGGCAACACGAAGAUUCAGAAUCUGCGGCCUAGUCAAGAGAGGAGCCGGGCAGAUGGCUGCUGCCCUGCUUUCACCUCCAACUUUCACACAUCAACACUCCUAAUGGCCUUGUUUCCACCCCCUUUGGACAUUCAGAUUCUCGUGCUAAACUACAAAAAAUGGCUGCCUACCACAACACGCUGAGACUGAUCACACAGCUCGCCUACAACCUAUGGGAGCUCCACUAAACCUAUCAGAAUUGUUUCAGAGACCGGUACAAUCUACAGAGGCACACCUCCAUCAGGCCUGUGACACCCCGACUACCAGAGGAGAGCGGUUGGCUGCUUCCAUCCCCAUACCUGAAUGGCGGGACCGAUUACCGCAAUGCUUACCUGGGCUUCGAGUCUCGAGAGGAGGAACCCUCACAUCGCCGCCCAACACUCAGGGGAACAAUCUUCUCUGGGAAUUCCGUUACCGGCUCGGAAGAGAACCGGAUCCGAGGGUGAACAAAAUGCGGGCUCGUGAUGCAGCCUGGGGCUGGCAGAGUGAAUAAAUCAGGCCCUGCUGUAAUGCUGGGACUAUUUAUUAGAUGAGCUCGAAUUGGGAAUUGCGAGUUUGUAUGCAGGCCUAAGAUAGCAGCUUCAUUGGACGGAUAAAGGAAGAUAUGAAGACCUACGAAUAAUUAUUUUUGUAACUAAUAUUAAUAUGGUAUAUAGCAUUUGUCAUUUUUAUAUGUCCUAUUACAAAAAAAAAAAAAAGAUAGCUUUAAAACACACAGUCAGGGAAGUACAUAGCAUGUGGGGCCCCAGUGGUUUCCAUUUUUUUUUUUUAAUUCUUUAUUUUUGUAGUGCAUAAGCUUAGUACAAUCGCUUGUGAGGUACCCCAGAGGCAAUCCUCCAGUGCAUUAUAAAACAUUUAAACAUAGAGGCACAGGGUUGAUCUUGCACAUUUUUAUAAGGUUGAGUUAUGCGGUAUACGGUAUCGAUGGUCAUUAAUAUAGCAUAUUCAUAACAUAACAUAAAAUAAAAUAACGUCGCUUAACUUUCUGCUCAUGGAAUAAAAUUAAGAUGCUUUGUCUAGUGUAAUGGUAACUAUACCAGUUCACUAGUGUAGUUGAUUCAGUUUUGUGAGUCGCUUAAUAGAAUCAUGUUUUUAAUAAGGUGGAUUAAGAUGCUAUGGAGCGAAUGUUACCUUUCCGAUGUAACUGAUUAUGUGAGAGCAAGAUUACCCAAUGCUCACUACGAUGCAAAGCAAAACAUUGCCCUAUUUAAUGGUAUAUCAGAAACAAGGUAAAUAGCAGGUUAUGCAUACAUUAGCCAACAUGAGGCAAAGUCAUGUGAAGAGAACGUGGAUUCAAACUUAAACAUAACUUUUCAUGUGUUAGUUCAGGCUAGGCAAAUUAUGAGGUUAACGUUCAUAAAUAUAACAGUAAAGGUAAGGUAAGCAUGCAAGUCAGCUGGUGCACACUGGGCAUGUAAAAUGUAAAACAGGCUUAUGAACAAUCAAGGAACAUAAUACUCUUGUCUGACUGUAGUAAAUGAGUAUGUGUCUAACUCUGUGGACUCGCCAGGUGUGUAAAGGCUAGUUAAUACAUUGAUAGAAGCAUAUAGGCUGUGCAACAGAAUAAAGUCAAGCUAUUUAUGGUUAGCCUGGGCGACAUUUCUAUGAGACUGUGGAGACAUAUGUGCACUUUGGUGCUAGAGAUGUAAUAAUAGUACGCUGGGUAAUUUGUAUAUACAUAGAAGGGACUGGCUUAAUGCCAUAUUCAGAGUCCUGUAUGUGUGGAUCAACCCACUCCCGCUCUCACCACGAUAGUCCCACUGUAAGACCAAAGUCUAGCUUUUUGCUGAUGCCCCCUCCAUUGGGUCCAGGUCUCCAUCUGAGCUGAGGCGGAUCGCGCGUUGCUACUGUUUUCCUCGUUGCCGCAUGCAAAGUCCUGGUAAGGAAUGGUGUAGUGGACCCCUUGAUGAUGUAUGCCAGGUACCUGAGCUCUUCUCCCUGAGGCUCUCCGAGUGUGAGUGCGGCGGUAGCCGGUCUGCAGUCUUUUGGUGGAUGGUCAGGUGUGUCCCCCUUGGGGUCUCCGGCGCCGGUGUGUGCUUACUCCGUUUGUGGGGAUGUACUUCGCCAGGUAACGGCCAGCUUGGGGGCUGCUCCAGCUCUGUGCUUUCCCCUGUCGAUGUUGGGGGCGAUCCGGCAAGGGGGUUCCCAACCCCUGUCUCCGGGGCUUGCUGCGCCACCGCUCGCGGGGGGCCAUCUUCCUCCAAUCGGCUCCUUUUUUAAGUCGGGCUUCACCCGCCAGCAAGGGCGCUGGAGUGGUUUGCACCUUGGGCGGGGGGGAUACAUUAGUUUGUAGAGUUUAGUCCAGAAAUCCGCAAAGAUACGGUCUAUGCGAUCUGGGUCCAGCACAUGGGAUGUCGGGGAUUCGUCGCAAGUGAGUUUGGCAUCCGCCAUUUUGUGCCAGUGUCUAGGGUGGUUGUUCUGUCUAAUGCACCUUUGUCGCCUUUGAGGUGAGUGCCCUGCUUGUGCCGGGAUAUCCCUCACCGGCAGUGGGGGGAGAACAGGUGGUAGGUGUCAGUUGCAGGCUCAGGGUUGUGUGGACGUGAGGUCGAGAGAACGUCCGCUACCCCGCAUCCACGCCGCUACGCCUCCCAGCCACCCCACCCGAGGCUUCAGUGAUCCCGGUUGCUUGCUCUAUGCUCCCGCGGGUGCCCUCAGGCAAGUGGUAAGUAGCAAACCAGGUCAGCUCCGUUAUUUCCCGAUUUAAUGGUUUAAAGUCCAGAGCUCCGGGUAGAUGCGACCGUCUAGCGCGGCGGUCAGGCUCCGCCCCCUGUUUUCCUUUUUUUUUUUGUAACAACUGCUUAAUAUUAUCUCUAUUAUUAUGUUUUUCCUGUUUCUUUAUUAAAAAAAAUGUUCUUACUAUUAUUUUUCAUCCUCACUAAUUGCUAGUUAGUCUGGCCAGCAUAUAUGUUGCCUCUCUGUUUAUUUGGUAUUGGCAGGAUGAUUGCCCUCAAAUCUGCACUGUCACUUCCAUGCCAUUUUCUACUGUCUGUGGGGAUAUUUAUGGGAUAAUAAUAGUAAACAGUGAGAAUUGCCCACUAAUUCAAUUCUCAGAUCCCAAAGGUCGUUAUCGUGUUAAGUGAAAAGUAUUUCAUAUAAAUAAAAUCACAAUUUUGUUAUAAAAAUAGAUUUGAUUUUAUAAUAAAUUAAUUAAUAAUGAUAUGUAACAUGCGUGACAAUAAUCAAUGAAUAUCCAGUAUAAAAUGGUAUGCAAUACAAAGGAAUGGCUAUACACAUUUCAAUGGCUAAACAGCAUUUUCUGUCAAAACUUACACGAUUUAUGACUAUCUUUCACAGAGAGAAAGCGAAGCUUUUCACAGCGAAGGGCCAUAAAACCCUGGCUAACAGUUAGAUCAACUGAAUAACCCUUUCAAUGCUGGCUAGAUCCUCCUAGGUAAUUAAGAUCUAUUCUUAUGCAAUUUUAAAUAAAAUAACAUUUAAACCAGUUCAUUAGUCAUUUCCUGGAACCAUCCAAUAAGAGAAUCUACCAUAUUUUUACAAAAGCAGAAUUUAAUUCGCCUAAAAAGAUAUCUUAUCUUAUUUUAGAGCAAAUCAAUACACCUGGAUAAAAACAGCGGUAUGCUAACAUGUGAUACUAUCACAUUAAUAUAUAAUUAUUCUUAAUUCCACCAGCAGAAUGGAAUGUUUAUAACUAUAUAUUCUUUAGUUAACUAAGAUUUCUUAAUAUGGAAAUCUGACCGUGAUUUAUCCAGUCAUAUAUCACGCUAUUAGUAAAUUUUAAUUAAUUUCAUUAUUUAAAUGAAACCAGUAUAAUUACCAGUUGAGUAGAUAUUUCAUCCGAUUGGUAGUCUUAGGAACUUGUUUGGAUGUCUCUCUGCAUGGAGGUGUGUAGGAAUUUCUGAGUGUAAAGUAGUGUUGGUUAGAAAGGGUCAAAGAGUUUGUGAGUUGAAUGUUAGUCUCAGAUGUUGUCCUGGGUUUCUCUGCAUGUCUGAGUUGGAGUCCCCAAACUUCCAAUUCCUCUCUCUCCUCUUCUCCACCCCCUGUCUUCCCUUUGUCCUAACUUUUAAAGGGACAGACUCUCUGUACGUCAUCAGUUGAUAACCUAAUAGAAGCACUAGAGGUGUGCUUACCUAGGGAUCGCAAUUUAGGUAUUUGGUCUAUAGAGGGCAGUCUUGUCCCACUAAACAUACCUAUCCAGGAAAGAGUUAACUUUUCCUGGUGGCUAUUUUGACGUCAUUUUGGCUUAUCUUUAUAGUGGCCAUAACUUAAGUUUCCUUUCACUUCAAAGGGUUUUCUCUUAGUUUUGUCCAGACUUAGUGUCCGCAAUUCCUGCUAUAAUUUCUAAAAUGGCAGUUCAUGAACUAUGUUUCACCUUUUCCGUACAAUGGUACCUUAUAAAAUUAAGAAAGUAAAAUUAAAUUAUUUAAUCUUCUCUGUCACAAAUGUCUGGGUUUAGAAUUGAUUAUAUUCCAUUAGCAUUUAGACAGUCUGUCCAACCCCCGUUCUCCUUAUCACUUGGUUUGUAUAUACUAUGCAUUCCUUUAGCUCUGGGAAAGUGGUUAGUUUUACAGAUAGGAUAGAAAUUUCGUGUCUCUUUGUUAACUUGAAAAUAACAAAAUGGAGUCUGGUCUGUUCAGAGUGACUCAGCAUAUACACUUUUAAUUUCUAUCAUAGCACAAGAUGUCUGCCGAUAUAAAUACCUUGACAUGUCAUAAACAUGUCAAUCCUCAAGCAUGUCUAAUUUGUCAUUGUCAGUAUGUUUUGCAUAAUUUCAGAACCAGUAUCUGUACCAUGCCAGACUAGCCUGCAAUAGCUUGUAAGUUACUCGCAGCUUGAGCCUAAUCAAACUAUUCUUGCAUUACACUUCCAUGUCUAAUAAUACACUCUUGAAUACAUAAGCUGUGUUGCCCUGGGGUCUAAACAUGUUUAUUAUCUUGAAUCUUUAUUUACAUUAUAAAAAACGUGCGAAGAUAGCAAAUGCCACAUACCGUAGCCCUGUAUUUGUCUUCAAUAUAUGUGUAAUUCAAUGUCAGUCUCUACACCUGUAUUGCUGUUGUUGCUCCUGUACUCUGAAGCACAACAAAAAUAAUUUAAAAUAAAAAAAAUACAUAAAUCUAGAAUUUUUUGUAAUUCUUUAUUUUUGCUGUGCAUGAAAUAACAUUUGCAUGUCAACAAUGCCACAACAGCAUUCGCCAACAAUUUGAUAACACUUAUUUGUUAAUAGUUGUAUAGCAUUCUGAGAAAACGCACAAUUUUUUACAAGUUGCUAAUACAAGCUAAGUACAUGCUCGAAUUGGUUUGGUAUAAAGCUAGGCACAUAUCUAUGUUAUUCAAGUGAUGUUCGGUGAUGAGAUUAGCAAUACAGUCUAGAUAUGAGAUAUAUGAAAUUACUAUGAAGCACACUUUUAUAGUUGCAAGAUAGGGUAGUUUGUUAGAUGAGGAAAGGCUCCUAGCUAUUAGGUUUAAAGUAUUUUCAGGUUAGACCCGAUUAACUAAGAGCCUGUGAGUUCAACUAAAUGUUAAUAUUAGCAGGGCUUGUUGGUGUUGGAUGUAUACGUUAAUUGUAUAGGAAUCAACACAUGAGGGCCUGCUUGGCUUUGCUAUGUGGGUACUUUAAGAUUGGUUGGUAUUCUGAUUUAAUGAAUAUUCCCACUUCUAUGGCACUCUGUUAUGAGGGUUCGAUAAGGUUUGGAAGCUCAGGGGGAUUAUAAGCACAGGCAGUGGGCUAACAAGAUAGUGUUGGAACACAUGUAAGAGGGGUUAACUUCAGGUAACUUAGCGGAGAGUCAAUUACGGGUCUGUCGGGUUGAGCCUGCUACCGUAUACAGUGGUGCACUGUUGGUCCCUAUGCACGAUUAGUCCCUAUCAAUCACCCCACUCCUGUUCUGGAGGCUUGGUGUCGGAGCCCGGUGUGUGGGUCAUGGUUGGGCCAUCACUGGUCACUCUCUCUGUGUGGGGCCGCCAUUUUCCCCCCGUUGCCGUUUUUCCGGUCGUCCGCAGCUGUGAUCUGGAACGGAGUGGGAUGCUUUUGGCUGCUGUUCGCCAUGCGGGGCAGGUAAGCACUUCGGGUCCUGCAUCUUCUUUGUACUGUGUGUCCUCGUUGGUGUCUCCUGCGGUGUUUCUGCCUCUCUUGCAGCUUGAUCCGCCGUCGUGGAGUGGUCGAUCCAGCCGGUGAGGCCUGCAGAGCCUUCCUCUGAGUUGGAGGCAGCCUCUCUGUUGCUUGGCUGUGUGGCUGUUGCUAGGUAGAUAGCUUUGUUCUGCCCUCUAACUUGCUCCAGAAUUUGGCUAGUAUUGCGUCCAGCUUCUGUGUGAUGCUUUGGUCUGAAUCCUUGUGGCCAGGGAGGCACGUGGCAGCCACCAUGUUGGGUGUCAUGCUGAGCAGUAUGUAAGUCGAGGUGGCUUCGCCCUGUGCUCUCCCUGUUCCGGGUUUGUCUCUCAGAGGUGGACCGCGAUCCCCGACGGUCGGGGUAGCGGGGCUCCUGCUUGCACUGUUGGCGUCUCGUGGUGCCGGAACGGGAGAUUGGCCGUCUCUCCCGCUCUACGAGCACCAGGACUCAUGGCGCACAUCUGUCGGCCAGCCGGCCUCACGUUGGUCGCAGACCUCCAUGUCAGUGUUGUGCCCCUUCGUGGGUCAGGUAAGUCAAUUUGGGCUGCUAUUUUCGAGUUAGGUAGGGCCAAACUUGACAUAGAUUGCCCUAUUGUCUGAGGAGCUCUGCAGAAGCAUGUCUGCUUUCCAUGCUGGUCAGGCUCCGCCCCUCAAAUCUAGAAUUUAAAAAUUUAUCAUUCAAAAUUUAAUAAAUAUCUUCCAUCAAUAAAACAUUAAGAUUGGAUCACCUUGACAGAGCUCAGGUAUGCGCAUUAUCAGAUUCCAAUCUAUCCCCAAGAUUUCAAAUUCCUGAGGUUCUACAUUGUGGGAAACAUUUUCAAUUCAAAGGUCUCCCCUUCAGUCUAAGCUUGUUCCCUAGGUCAUUUUUGAAGGUGCCGGUCAGAGUGAUUGCCUUCCUAAGAGAGCAAAGAUUAAAAAAUGAAUCAUAAUUUGGACAACAUUUUCAUAGUGGCAUCAUCCCUUAAACUGGCGAUUCAGCAUACAGAGAUUGCGCUUCAAUGUCUACAUCAUCAUGGAUGGGCAAUAAACAGGGUCAAAUAACUUUUCGUUUUAUCUCACAAGAUCAUAUAUCUAGGAGAAGCAACAGAGACACCAUCAUGAGAAACAAAAUUAGUGACAGCAAGAAAUUAUGGGAUUUCUCACUUCCAUGAUAGGUCUGGUGAGAUGGGCUCAGUGGAAUGAGGCCUAUCAAAAUUAAUUUCCUUUAGCCAGUUCAAGAAACACUAGAACAAUUGGAACCAACUAAUAAGGAUUACCCAUCAUAUCAAAGCCCAUCUUAAAUGGUUGAUAUCUCUCCAGAAUCUCCUUAAAGGUUUUCCACUAGAAGACCCAAAUUGGCAAGUAAUUACAAUGGAUACCAGGAUACUCCAAAGUUGGAGAGCCCAUUUCAAUUCUACCUGGACUCUGAGGUUUGAACGGAGUUUCAAAUUCCCUGAGAACUAAGCCACCUCCAAGGCUCUGAAAGUUCCUUCAUUACACCAAAAAGUGGUACUAAUAAGCACAGCCAACAGGGCUGUUGCUCCCUAUGUCAAUCACCAGGGGAGUACGAGGAGCAAACAUCUUCCACAAUGAAUCUCCUAAUUUAAUUUGCCCAGAAACACCUACUAGAUUUAAAUGCUCUGUACCAGAAGAAGCAUUUAGCAAGGAGAAUGGAGUCUGCAUUCUGAGGUGUCCAGCUUGAUCUCGGAAAAGUGGGGCAUACAUCAGAUCGAUUUAAUGGUGAACCAGAGGAAAGCACAAGUCCAGAAAUUUUAUUCACCAACUCCAGACAUUCUAAUCGCUUCAAUGUUUUCCAGCUGGACAGUCAGAAGGGAGAUCGGCCACCUCUCCCAUGCCAGCAAAUUCUGGUAGGCUGCAAUUCGUCAUCGGGUUCAGGUUGCAUCGCAGACACAAAAACCCCACAGAUUGAAACUCGGGGUAAUACCAACACUCUCCUGCACUAAAAUUGUAAUUUAGUUGUGAUACACCUCAGUAAGGUAGCUUAAUAGUCAGUCCUUGUACAGUGCUUAGUGGGACCAGUCUGCUCGGCAGCUAGGCCCUGGUAACCGCUUUUGAAUUCAAUGACUGUCAUUCUGGGGCAGAGAAAAAAAACUUUCUGAAUUUGUUGCAAAAUUGGAAAGCAAUUCAAACUUUUUUUGGGGGCUUCUUUUGAAUCAACAAAAAAAAAAAACAAUGUGAGAGAGGCUGAACUUGAUGGACAUCACUUUUCAGCCUAUGUAACUUUAUCCUGUAACUCGGCGCCUCCAACUUAGUUAUCAGUCAAUUAUUAUAAGCGCAAUACUUUGCAUCUUGCAGUCAGCAUAGAGAAAGCAUACAGAGAAGAGGAGAAAUGAAACAAUAUUUUUCUUUUCUCCUGUUCAUUUGCAAUGGUUUUGUCUUAUCUGAACUGGAUAAUGAUGUAAUUUGCUAAAUCUUUAACAUACAUUUAGAAUACAAUGGAGUAUCUUAUGUAUAAGUGGAUAUUUCCAAUGUUUUAUUCAGUCGUUUAAAUUCCUGAAUUGAAAGUUUCUCUUUAAAUCAUACUUAACUACUUGCAUAACACCGAAAGGAGACGCAUUUUCAAAACUGCUGGCCGAUAACAUAUUUCUAUAAUACAAAUAGACUGCGCUGUAAAAAAAAAAAAAAAAAGUGUAAUGUUGCAGGAGAAGGGAUCCAAGUCAUUCCCAUAUAUCACUUCAUAUUUGGCAAAGAACUCCAGCAAUAAGGUUUUCAGCCAAGAGAUUGCAGGUUAUUGGCACCCCACCAACUAAGAACUGAAUAAUGUUUCUGCCAAGAUUGAAAAUCAUCCAAAAGAACACAUUUUGAGCCACAUAUAAAACUGGAAAUUUAGAAUACAGUAUACAAUUAAACUAGACAAAUCAAAAACCUGCACCUUAUACCCAUAGAUAUUUGGACCGUUUUAGUACGCAUGUAUGGCCAUUAAAGUGUUAGCUUAACUGCCAACAUCAAGGAAAAGUUCUCAGGUGACCUCCAGUCUAACAGCUAUGAUAGCUUUGUUUUAUCUGCUUUUAUGUUGAUUGGGAGACCAUUGAAGUCGUCUGGGUGCAAUGUCUCUGUCCCUCUUAGUCCUGCAAUGUAAAUUGCUGCAGUUUUUGAACUAGUUGUUGUCAAUCAGACAGCCACUAGAGGCGCUUCCUGCAUGAGGACAUCGAGCAUCAGUUAAAUCCAUUGCAGCAAUUCUUUCCUCUGGGGAGAGUCUAACGCACUCACCGCACGUGUGCAUUAUCCCCCCCUCCCCCCCAAAUCGGAUGAUGUCAGAGCUCUGAGCGUGACAGUGAGCUAACACUUUUUACAGCCAUACAGGGAAAAUAAAAGCCAAUGUUAUUUAAGACCAUACAUUGGGGUUUGGUAGAGUACACACUGUAAACUCCAUGUAAGCCUUCUAGUAUUCAGCUUAAAUAAAUAAAUAAUAAUAAAAAAAAGGUACAUGUUCAUGAUGAAAGGAAAAAUUUUAUUAAUGUUGUUUCCGCCAAUAAGUGAAAUCUGUACAUAAACAAAGCGCUAUUCACAAAUAUGCUGAAAAUGAGAUUUGAAAAUAAUUUCCAGUUUGAUGAUGCUGCAGUGUAUUUUCCUGUAUUUGAUUUAACACAAUCCCUUUUUGUAGGGAUCGCUUGCUAUAGAGGAUAAAAAGACUUUAUGAAAGCGGUUACAUGGAUAUUAACACUGUCAAAUGAAGUAAUAAAAUGGGUGUUAGUGGUCCCAUGUUAUAAAACAAAUAAAUCCAAUAUGCACUUUUAGCUGCAGAAACCCUUCUGUAAUUGGCUAAACGAAGCUGCAUGGCUCACAAUCACUGAACAUUUUCAGUGCUGUCUGGCUGAACCUCAGAUGUGUCUGUGUCUUGGAUAUUAGGGGCACCUGGAGUGCCAGCAGGUUCACUUGAGUUUUCUGUAUACUCCACCCUCUCAAACAGAAUUAGGAGCUCACAAUGAGGGGUUUGAGGAAACAGGUCCACAGCUAAUGCUCGAACUGGCCUGAAAGGACGUCCUUUGACUCUGUUUGAAGGUGCACGACAUAAGCUAGAAAAGAGGAAGGUGGAAUAGGAUUUGAAUUAUAAAGUUAAAACAUGUAAAGUUUGGAUAUGUUUUAGAUGAAAAGUUUGUAUUAAAUUAUAAUAGGACAGGAAAAAUUGGUUAAUAUUCUCUUAUGUAAGCAAAUUAAAAAAUAAAUAAAUUAAAAAAAGAGGAUUGAUCAUGGACACAGCCUGAUUGCCAUAAUUCAGUAUUACUUUAGCACAGAUCUAAUCUGAGAAACGGCUCUUCUUUGGCCCUUGGUAAAGAUCUCUUAGGAUAUUCUGCUCUACAACACUUGUCUUCCACGUGAUGACCUUGCAGCAUUGCAGCAACAUUGCACUUCAAUUUUAAAUACACUACCUACAAUUCUCAAAUUCUUCUUUACCAAUCUAAUUAAAGACGUGGGGGCACUCGCCAUAAUCAUAAUAGCUUAUUAUAUUAACACUGCUAUUAGCAUCUCGAUGCCAUCACCCAUUUUCCGUCAAAUAAUUUUAAACUGAUUUGACAAAAAAAAAGAAAAAAAAAAAGAGUUCUCACCUUGGCACCUUCUGCAGGUGUACAAACGAUGUGGUAAACUCAAUUCAGCAUUGUGUGUAUGCAUGUACAAAGCCUCCUAUCAAUGGAGGGCAGUUAUAGUUUGAGAGCACCUGGUGUGGGUAAGUAAACUCCUCUCAGCCUGUCAUUGUCAUCAGUCUUUCACGCCUUUGACUAAUGUGGAAGUGAAUCUUUUUUUUUUCUGUUCCAGAAAAUGUAGUGAGGACAACCAAAGAAUCAUAACACCAUAGCAACCAGAAUGAAAGAGUGACCCUUUAAAAGCUUGCUCAAAAUCCUAGAAGCACACUUUGAUCACUUAUUUGAAUUAGACUUGAGCAUUUUAACACAUGAAAACUGAAAAAAGUACACAGCUAUCCUGUGCUUUAUUAUUAAUAUUGGUUAUUAAGCAGGCAAACUGAUUGUCUCAAACUAAAAACACUUACUCAACAAAGUUAGACAUUGCACCCUUGGGGUUGCACGACACAUAUAUCAGCUGUUUCAGGUGUUCAGCUUUUCUGAUUGCUAUGAUCACCUUGGAAUCUGUAGUUUUUAGGACAAAAAGAGAAUAAAUGUUAUCGUUCCUAGAUAAACAUCUGUAUGAAAAAGAUCUCUGCAAAACAGCCAUAGAAUAGGAAAAUGAUUAAAAAUGUUGUUGUGUAAUAUAUGUUGUUGCCAAAGAAUCAGUGAGUAGGAGAAGGUGGCAAUGAAGAACUAAAAAGAAACUACUGCUGAUGAUGUAAAGAUGAAGGAGUUGGCAGUCUCAGACAUUGUUUAAUGCUAUGAAUCACUUCUACAUAUAAUUCAUCAUUUUAACAGUUUUAGUCUUAAGAUAGAAACAUGGAUAUUUUAAUUGCAAAAACAUUUUGAAUGAAAUCAAGAUUAAAAAGGAGAUAAGCAGCCAAGUGAAAGGAGUAAUAUUGCUACACUGUUGCAUUCAACAUGUUCACAAGCUUAAGUGGAAGAGAAAAUUACAAAUAACAUUAUGUUAUGACAGGGCAAGUAAUAACCGCUAUGUAUUAGGACUCUAGUGCAGUUUUGUUAAGAAUUGUGAAGUCUGGUACUUACGCAGGCCUGCUCGAGGUGGGUCAACAAUAGCAACAGGGUUCUGAGAGGUGAAGGAGUUAAUCAAAGCAGGAAAAAUGUCUUCUGCCUUGCCACACUGAAAGUCAAUGUUCCCAAGAUCUGCAAACAUAAGAAGGUUUAUUCUUGUGAUUGGUUAUUGAACAUGAAUCUGUUGUAUGAUAAACAUUUCAUGUGCAAAGAAAACAAUUCCCCUUGCUAGCAGCUCACAAGUGUUACACUCUGUCACCCCCAGAACAAUCCAACAUGCUUACUCUAUCAGGAAAAUCUUGGAAAAUUUAGGAGAAUCCCCUUUAUGGCUAAUGAAAUUCAUGCAUUAUAUUAUACCAACAGGAUUAGAUGCAAAACCCAAGGUGCCAUAAAUGCCUUCAAGAACCAGAGACAAGUCUAUUAUGCCACAGAACAAACGCAGGUUUUUUUUAAAAGUUUCUAAUUCAAAUAGAAAAUGUUAAAUAAUAAAUACAUCUACACCUUACUUAUUUUUUACAGAUAAUACAGUUACACAAACAGUCAAGAUUACUAUUGGUGUAAACUAAACCAUUACAAAGAAAGAAAAAAAAGACUAUAAAAACAUUUAAUCAGAACGCAUAUGGGCAAGUAGACUUAUAACUCUCUCUUUUCAAAACAGUUGUUUUAAGUAACACUAAAUGGUCAGGAACACAUACAUGUAUACCUGACCCUGUAGUGUUAAAAACACAUGUAGAGUCCCCGGCCACCCUUAAAUAAAAAGAAAACAUACCUUAUUUCCAGCAGCGGUGGCCCCGUCCACGAUUCACCUUUUUUGGCUGACAUCAGAAUGGAAAGCAUUUUAUUGGCUGAGAUUGUAUAUUCUGACGGGGGUGGGUGGGGGCAAUUUAAAUCAAUACACCUCUAUGGGGAGCAUUCAGCGUCUCCAUGCAGAGUGUAGAGACACUGAAUAGAAUUGCUGUGCAGCACUGACCUAUGAAGCACCUCUAGUAGACAUCUGAUGAGUGUCCACUAGAGGUGUUCCUAGGUAGUAAUGGAAACACUGCAUUUUCCCUGAAAAGACAGGGUUUACAGCAAAAAGCCCGCAGAGACUCACUAUACUCACCAGAACAAAUAUAUUACGCUGGUGACUAUAGUGUCCCUUUAACAAACAUGCACACAACCCAUAGAUUGCUAUCCCAUUAAGUACAUACCAUUAAUCUGUGCAUUAGCCUUGGCAUCUGCAAUUGCUUCUUGGCAAAGCUCAAUUCCAACAACUUUCUUUACUUUCUUUUAAGGGAAAAAAAAAUGAAUGCUAAAGUUUGUAAGGGAUUGGUAAUCCGUUAAAGCACAUUAACAGUGAAAAUAAAUCAAAGACAUAACAACUAAUAGUCAUCUAGUAGAAAGAUUAAUGACAGUUACAUGUAGGGAGAUUAUUUACUAGCUUGAAUGAGUCAAGCACUUUAACCCCUUAAGGACACAUGACGUGUGACAUGUCAAGAUUCCCUUUUAUUCCAGAAGUUUGGUCCUUAAGGGGUUAAUAUUACCUCCUAGUGAUUAUAAUUUACUCAAGAUAAAUUUGGAAGCAAAUAUCUGCAAGAGCCAAGGGGACCUUAGAAGAUGCACCAAGCAAAGUGCAAUUUGUUUUGACAACCACAAUUAAAUAGCAUUCUACAGUAUUGUUUUGUAUUCAUAGUUUCACAUUCCUUCCUUUGCAGUUUGUUUGCUAUGUAAAGUCGAAUAAAGCCAUAAAAAAUAUGAUCUAAUGUACACAAUAUGUGUAAUUUCACGGACUGUAUUACCAAAUGCAAGCAUUAUAUUUUGCAACCAGCCAAAAUUCCAAUGACAAAAUCUAAACGCUAAAAUAAAACAUUAAAAAUAAAUAUUAUUUAGAACAUAAGAGUGUUCCUCCAAUUAAUUUUCAGAGUGGACAGACAUAGCAUCAGUUGUCAAAUAAAACAUCCAAAUGGCACAUUUGACAACAUUUUGGGGCAUCAGCAAAAUAAAGAAUAUGAGGAGGUAGGUACCUCUGCAUUACUCCUACUUUACUCACCUUUGCCAAGGAGAUACCAAUAGUACCCGUUCCACAACAGACAUCCAACACAGUGCUGUUUUGGUUCAACUGAGCCCAGUCUGCAAUUUUGGAAUACAGUACCUCUGCAGCUAGUGUAUUCACCUGAGGUCGAAUUUGAUAUAAUCAAACAAAUAUAGGUCAGUCACACAUAAAACAGGACAUACUAAAUAUUCCACUAAAUAAAGGAAGCCAUAUCCUCAAACUAUGAUCAGCUUAACACAUUUUAAAAGAACCCUCUUCCCCUCCCCCUUAUGAAAAAACAGCACCACUAUCAAAAUGUAUAAAGACGCCUGUGUUUAUAUUUAAAUGUAAUCCUGAAACGGUCAUAAUAAGGCAUAUACUGUAACAUAUAUUGUGGUGAAACACACAGAACUACUCACUAAUUAUAGCUUCAAAUAGAUAGCAUACCAUAAAGAAUUUCAGUGGGUUAAUGAACCAAUCUGUGCAUUUACAAGUGUGGAGAUUUGCUUCAAAAGGCUGCUCACAGCAUAUCCAGAAUGAGAUGAUUUAAUGUAAAUAAAAUUUGAGUGCAGUGAUAGAGCUGUAGUAUAACAUACAAACAAAUUAAUGAUCGGUUUCUUGUUCUAGAAAAGUGGCAUAAGUGUAGGCUUACAGAGCAAAACAAGUGAUGAUCUGUUUCUUGCGCUAAAAAAAUGGCAUAAGUGUAGGCGUAUGAAGAAAACAAAUGGUUUUGCUUCCCUCCUCCGUUAUAUACUCACCCAGUCUCCACUCCUUCAAAAAAUCUUUAAAAACCCACUUCUUCAUAAAAGCGUAUCCAUUAAACUAUUAAUAGCUCCUGACUGAUUCCUCUUCUGCAGCUGUCACUAGUCCAGUACUAUCCUUACCUUUUGUGUCACUUUACCCCACUCCCUCUAGCAUGUAAGCUCAUUGAGCAGGGCCCUCAACCCCUCUGUUCCUGUGUGUCCAACUUGUCUGGUUACAACUACAUGUCUGUUCGUCCACCCAUUGUAAAGCGCUGCGGAAUUUGACGGCGCUCUAUAAAUAUCAUAAUAAUAAUAAUAAUAAAUGGGAAAGGAGAGAGAUGAAACCGUACAACCAGAAGUUCCCUGAAAACCUCUGAACUAUAAAAUACUCAUCAAAAUUCUGGAUUUUCACUAUACCUGGAAAAAUGCAUGGGGUGAUAUGCGAAACGUAAGUCCCAGUAGCUCCUCAUGAAUAUAUUUGUCUCCACCCAAAUGCUCCACAGGUAAAUCUUCCAGAUUUGGUGACUUCCUACAAAAUCAACAGGAUUUCAUGCUACAGUAAAGUUUAUGAAGGCUAAAUCACUGCUGUGUAAGACAAUAUUAUUUGAUGUUUACAAAAGAAAAAGAACAUAUACAAUUUCUUCAAUACAACAAAGUAUAAAAGGAAUCCCACCAAACAUGGAGCCAAGUACAUUACAUUUCUUGCAAUUAGCCCCUAGCAGUAUCCACAAUGCUAAGAUCAUAUCAGUUGUUCAUAAGGAUAAUUACAUCACCUGAUUGUAAUCUCAGACAUUGUUUUCUAACCCGUGAUUGGGGAAUAAUGCCGUGUUAAGAAACAAGUUACUAGAAGCAGAUUCAAGUAAAUCACUCUUUAAAAAAAAUGUAUUAGACAGUUCAUAAAAGCAAACGAUAGAGUUUAUGGGAGAGUAAAGAACAAUAAUUUUUACAAUAAAGUAUAAACCAAAUAAAGUUAGAAUCCAAACCAUGUUUUCAGUGAAUAGUAAAGUAAAGAGUAGAAAAGUGAAAAAUAAAGACCAUGGUACCUUAAGGAGACAUUCAAAUAGCAGUAUUGUGGGGGUGGAAAUAAGUCAUUGAAGACCACACUCAGUAAACGUAAGGCAAUUGCCCAGAUUGCUAGUUAAUAGUUAUAGAGUUAUGUAGCAAAUAAAAGGAAGAAGAUUGCGGUGACAAAAAUUAAUGACAAAGAAAAACCAAAAUAGAAGAAAGGUCCAGGCACUCCAAGGUACAAACCAGGCAAUUUUAUUGAACCUACACGGUCUUUGGGACAGAGUGCAGUUCCACACCCUACCAUAUAGAAAAACCAAAGCAUUUAAGAAACACCAUCAACAGUAGAGGUUUAACUGUAUCUGUACUAGUAGAGUUGCAGGGUGAAGUCUAAAAUAUAAUUCCUGUCUGUGCUCAUAAGCAGGUAGAGUUGGAAAUUCUGGGAUAGUUGUGGAAACAUAAUUUCUUAAAAUUUCUGUGUACGAGGCAGAAUUCGCAAAGUCCAACUUGACAUACGCAUUUGAUGCACAACAAUAAAUUUUUCUAUAUGCACCGAUUGAUGGGAGUGUUUGAUCUCACCACAAACUAUCUGGCAACACACACUCACAUUCUCUCUUUCUAAAAUAGCAUUAGUCAUGAAAAAAUAUAUCUUAAAGAAAAAAAAAAGUAUAAAACACAAAUAAUGUAAUACCGAUGACAGAUUCAGUUUAAUCAAACCAACCAACCUUUGACCCUCUUCAACAAAGUAAAGAGAGGUAAUGCCACUGUCUUUUCCUGGUCCGUUAAUGAAAUAGGUCGCUAGAGAUGUUUUCAGUUCCACAAGCACCUCCUUGCUAAGUUUCUAAAAGCAAAGAAAUAUUUGUGUUAGAACGCGCCAAGUACAAAUUUAUGAACUACUACCCUGAGAAAAUAUCUACUAACCUGUGGAUUGAAAUACACCAUUGCCAUGACUUGCCCCUUCCUGCUGCUACGGACAGUCAAUUGCUUCCAGUGACCUUCAUAGGAUUCGGGACUGUAAACCGCAUAUGGGGUUGUGCUGUGAGCAAAAAUCAAACACAAUCUCAAAAAAAUAAAAAAAAAACACCAAAAAUAAUAUAGCUGAAUGGAAGACCUAUCCAGUGUCAUAACCAAUAACAGUGAAAGCAACUGCAAACAGGCCAGGGUGCCUUCAUUGCAGGUCUGGCCACCAGCUCAGGGUAGCCAUGGCUAAUAUGUAUAUGACAAAUGCAAAUCCACUGGAAGGAUAGAACAGUCAUACUGGAUGUAGCAACAUACCGGAUAUAUUCCUGGAAAGCCUUCACAACCCUCUUGGUGACAGCAGGGAUGUGAAUUGUAUCAAAUGGUUCCACAACAGCACAUGAACCCCCCUUAUAUUUUCCCAGUCUGCAGCCAACUGUCUUAUCUUCUUGAUUUGCACCAAUCCCAAUCAGGAAUUCACAUUUGUUACGAUACUCCGUCUAUUAAGAGAAAAAAGUUCUUGUCACUCACCUUAUGAGGUAGACUGUACUUCACACCGUCUUAUGUUGUGUUUAGAUUUACACUGUAUAAACAGCAGGUUUUUUCCCCCUAAACGUCUAUGUAUUAAAUACAUUUAAAAAAACACUCAACAACAACAAAACAUCUUGUUGUCUAUGUUUUUGCUACAUAUGUGUUUUUUUUGUCCUUAUACAAUCUAAUUUGAUGAAUCAAAAAGACAUAAUACAAAUCAAUAAAUCAUAAAUGAACAAACUACAUAGGUUAUAAAAUAUGCUUUUUCCAUUGGUACCUGUGUGGGGGAUGGAUUCACCCCCUCAAAGGGGCAGCAUAAUUUAUUGUACUUCUGUUUCUGAACAAAAAGCCAAGGUAAAAUGGCCUUGUUGGUAUUUCCGAUUUCCCUGCCAAAAGAGAGAGUGGGAGGCAUUAAACAUGUCACAGAAAUACAGCUAAAGACUGAUUCAACAAUAAGCAACUGGCAUUGUAUAGUUAAUAACUAUGUAGAAUAUCCAGAAACCUUGGUUAGGACAGGAAUGUAUCAAAAUGUAACCAGAAUGUAAACAUAAUCCAUUGUGGAAUGUCUAUCUACUCUUAACUUCUUGUCAUCUCCCCCUCAAUACCAGCAUAUUAAGUAACUCAAAAGAAAAUAGGGAGAAAAAAAAAACCAAAUCGUUUGGAAUCUGCAUGUAACACAGUUUUGUGAAAGUUUAACAAACUUUAAGAAACCAUGUUUUAUAUCUAUACGUUCAUAAAUGAGCCAUGUGCAAACAGGAAUAUUAUGUUUUAAAAACCUAAAAAAUAUUAAGGGGCAAUCUUAGCACCAAAACCACUACAUGAUAUUUCAGUGGUAAUGAUACCAGUAAGCAUCAAGCACCAUCUCCCAAAUGAAAUAUUACAAUCUAUAUUCAAUAAAAUGGAUUACACAAACAGAGCAAAUGGCUCAGAUAUGAUAUCCUCUGUGCUUCAUAUGUUUUUCAAAAUGUUUGCAGAUCUUAGGGUACUUAAUGGCACUAUGAUACACAGGUAAUCAUUUGGAGCUCGAUCACUGGUGAUCAUGCAACCCUGCCCCCACUGCAUGUAAUUCUAAAGUGGAGUUUACUCUUCUCUUUAACCAUAUCAAUUCAUAGCAACAAAGGGUGGCUAGGAGGGUCAGCUGAUGGACUCAGACAAUCACGGUCGCCCAUUGCUGCUUCUGUUGGGUGAAGCUGCGGGCUACAGGAGAUCAAAACAAGAGUUAUACUGUUUGAAAAGUGUUACGGCGCCAGUAGACUCAAGUCACUGUACUGAUAAGGAAAUUCUUAUAGUACCUAGCUCCUUUAAUUGAUAGACAAUCUAUUUAUAAAAUAACUCACUAGGAAAAUACCAGAGCUUUACCAACAGUUAGAAAAUUAACUAUUACACCACUUAUUUGUCAGUAGAUUAAAAAAAAAAAGACAAAUAGAAAACAGUGCUUAUCACACAUUGCAAUCUAAUAGAAAAAAGAAUGUUGCCUUUAUUACUUGGUCAGUUUCUGCAGAGCAUGUUCACACUCCCGUUCCUUCAUUUUCAGCUGUUCUUCGUAUGGUACCUGCCAUAGAGGAGUUACUACAUCUGCAAUCUGUUUGCUGAGUGGCACUUCCUGUCCAUCUUCCAGUAAAGUGUGACGCUUAUGAUCAGGUUGUUCUUUAGCAUCUUCUUCUUCUUGUUUUCUCUUCUUCGCUAUGGGAUCAGCCCUGGGCUUUGCUAGCCGGACACUCAAUGCACGUUUUUUCCACAUCACUCCAUGUAUGACUUUCAUGGCUUUGUCUCUCUCCUCUUCACUUUUAAAAGUCACGAAUGCAAAUGUUUGCUUAUUCAUGAGUUUAACUUUAUGAGGAUUCAGUCCAUACUUGGCAAGGAAUUUCUUUAUGUCAUUAAUACCUAUGUACUUUGGUAGGUUUUGUAUUUCUACUUUGAAUAUCUCUGAAGUGAAAAGGUCAUCCUUAAUAUAUCUAUAUAUUCCUGAACUACUUGUAGCAUCUUCACUCUCCAGCGCAGACUCUUUUUCUUUCUCUUCUUUGUUUUCAUCCUCCGGUGAAUUUACUUGACAUGGUUCUUCUGCACUGGUGAUGUUUUCAUUGUCUGCAAUAUCCAUCUUCUGUUCAGUUCUAUGAAUAUAAGGUGUGAGACAGGCAUGUUAAUGAUGUUUUCUAUGUUUCAGAAUAUUAGUGGUUGUGACAUUUAGACCAGGGUUCUUACAACGAAAGGCAUCUGGUUUACUUUCUACACAAUUUAACAUAUGAAUUGCUAUAUCUACACUCAAUUUUCCUCAAAAUACUAAUAUUCCUUUGGAUACUACUUUGCUUUUUUUCUCACGGCUGAUUACAAAAUAAGCAGAAUGAAAUCUGACACAGUAUCAAAUUCAUCUGAAUCCACAUACAUAUACAAUAUGAAUGUUGGCAGGGUUUUAAAAAGAGCAUGAUGUUACUAGUUCUCCUAUGAAAUUCUGCCUACAGCAGGCACUGUCUGACAGUGAAGCCAUAUCUACGGUAUAUAUUUUAGAAUUACAAAAAUGGAAGAAGCGUGGCAUGUGGAAAACGGUAUGCUAUAUCAAAUGGACCAUAACAAUCUGAGUCUCUGAAGCACACACCACUAGCAUAGCUCUUGUACAAGAAUAUAAAGAUUUGUAAACAGGGUUAUUCACUAAACUGUUGGGUAGCAGAAAUUAAGCAAAUUACAAUUUGAAUCAAUAUUUAAAAAAAUGCAUCAACUGUUUUUAGUAUUUAUAUUUAGAAUGCAUUAAAAAUGGUGCAUCAAUAAAUAGACAUACAAUUGUUUUAACAUCCUACUGCACUUGCACAGCAAUUAACAGAAAGACCUCUCCCUCAUGAGGAAGAGGCUCAACCAAUCCGGAUUGUUAACCAGAGUAUGUAAUUAAUGGGCAGAGCUAUCUCAGAGAGAGAGAGAGAGAGAGAGAGGUCAGUCUGUGCACACCAUACACAGCAGUAAUAACUGCAGCAAUUUCGGAAAUGUUUAUAAGGUACUCAGACCUAAGGCAAGCAUUUGGUAUUCUCCACACCAUCAACAUUGCAAUGAUGCAGUUAUUAUUGGUGCUUAUAGUGACCCUUUAAUAUAUCACAGCUCAUAAAGCAGUAAACAUUUAAUUUAUCAUGAUGACAUAUGUAUAUUCUGCAGGAGUUAUGUUUGUACUCACAUUCUACCACUGUGCCCCCAUUCUCAUCCCCUCACUACUGUGAAUGGCUGCUUGAAGAAUUUUACCCUACAUCAGCAGAUCAUCGUAUACUCAUGAUUGCAGGUGGAUAAGCACAGUGACAGGGAGCAAGAGUACUGACUGGGCAUCAAGCUGCAUGGAUAGCAGAGUUGGGAGCUCUGACUGCUGUGCCAAGCAGAUCGUCUAUUCCUAUCCAGCUGGGAGCUGCAAAUGGCUAGGGUACAUGCUUGGAGGUCCUGGUGGUGGUAAGCACCCCUUGAUUUCUUGAGACAAAAUUUGAACAAUUUUCUAUUUCUGUUGCAGUGCACUCUCACCAGCCCUCCAGCACACUGAGGAGCCAUUAAUUAAAUUAAAUUAGUUUUAGCUAGUAUUUUUUAUUUUAAGCUACAUAACUAAGUGGAACAAGAUCUAGGAGAGGUGUUAGAGGACUCAAGGGAGGACAUCUGGACGGUUGCGGCUAUUCUAUUUUUGUCAUAGAAUUUGUUUUGGCGCUGUCUUUCAGAGGUCAGAAUAGGUCUGUUAUUCCGUCCCUUAGAGGUCUUUCCAAAGUUUUAAUAAAAUAACACUAGCGACCAGAAGAACAGCGUCAUGGUGACAAAAUCUUAGAGUACCAUUUAGAUAGACUGAGAACCCUGGUUUAUUAUGUACUUCCAUCAUUUGAAAAGAUAUGGUUUUCAUGGCAAGAUUAUGUCUCUUCGAUGUAGCCAUGUACACAUUUCUUCUUAUUACAUGAUCAAUGCAGUGACAUUUAUUCUUCCUUUUUUUCCUAUUAUUUGUAACUAAAAAAAUUCAUACUGAUGUUGACAUCAUCCUGUUUGUAUUGGCUACUUCUAAUAAAAAAAAUAUAUGCAUUUCAUGACACUUUUGCUAAUGCAAUAUUGAGAUGAAAUCUAAGCAUCUUUAUGCCUCAAACAACAGAACUGAAAACAGUUUGGCUAUUUUCUUCUUAAACAGGGGUAGACAAUCUUUGGCACUCCAUAACUUGUAUACUACAUUACUCUUACAGUCAUAAUUCUAGUAAAACAGGAGGGGAGGUGUAGUCAACAACAUCUGGAGUGCCGAAUGUUGCCUGCUCCUGUUCUAAAAUAUGCGGUUUACUGGUGAGUUCGCAAGAAUUUGCAAUUUUAUGAAUAAUCCUGUACCUUUUCUAUCCUGUGUCUUCUUGUGAGAUGUAAGGGUUAUAUACUCUACUGGGAGUUGACCAAGGGGUUUUCUUUGGCCUAAGUAAGCAGGCUUUAAAAUUAACCAACUUGGAAAUUGUUUUCCAUUUCCUCUAUAUUGGCAUAAAACUGUAAAUCAUUUGUUCAAUUUCCAGUUUAGUGGAUAAUCUAUCUGGUUGUGGUGUUAUUUAUUAAUCCAUGAUUAGUGAAUAUCUGGCAAGGUAAAUACAAAUUUAAGUCCAAAACAAAUGAGAUUAAUAAUAACUUUGAAUUGGAGAUUUUCCCGCUUCAGUUAUUUUGGUCUACUAACUGCAGUCCAGUCAAGUUGUAGCCCAACAACAAUUGGAAUGCCAAUGAUGUUCAACACCUCGGUUUAAGGUGCACAUUUGUGUAGUGUAUCAAUUUGGGGAAAAUAGAAAUGUGGCAUAUAAGUUUCAUCAUUUAUCAUAGACAGCAUUGAUUAAUUUCACAUCUGAAAGAACCAUCUCUCUACCCUAUUUCCUAAUCCAACGGUAAUGCAGUAGUUAAUCACUAAAUAUUUUUAUUCUAAAUUCAGUCUACUGAGGUUAUUCACUAAAGUUAGAAUUCAAAGUGAAUUUCAAAAUUUUAGGCCAAAGUGGCUGAACUGGAAGCAUGGCUGGAGAAUCUUUUCAAUUAAACUUUUUGCCUUAAAUUUGAGAUUCAGUUUCUAUUCUCACUGUAGUGAAUCAGUCUGUAUAGGUUUGGGUGUGCAGUGUAUGAUUUUCCCAGACACAUGGCUUCUUUAUGGUGAGAGCAGAGCGGCCCUGUGAUCUGUCCGCCACCCUCCAUCAGGCAGAUAAUGCAGAGCAGGCCGGCUCACUUGCUGUCCGUGUUAUAGAAUCGCUCAGUUAGUGCGGAGAGCGUGUCCGUCACUCCCAGAGACACAGAGAACCCAAACUCACACACAGCAUUGGUAUCUUACAUGGGGGCCGCCAUGAUUGCACGUCACAGGAAGCCACGCCCACCUCCGCCACGCGCUGCUAAUCCCGGAAGCCGCGUUGGCCGUUGCCUGGAUACUGCUCCAGCUUCCGGCUGCUGGCGCUCUGCUGGUGCCGUUAGCGUUUGGUGACAGCAGCAGCAGCCCCGGGGUGUUCAGUUCUUGUCCACGCGGCACCGGCAGCAGCGCCGUGAAAGCAGCCGGUCUAGACACGUCGCAGGGAAAUUCUGAAGUUCUAUGUCGGAUGUGACGUUGCCUGAGGGGGAGGAGUCGCCCGGGGGCAGCCAUUUUGCUGGGUGUGUGUGACGUCAGGGCGCACGGUGAGGAGCUAGUUGCGCCACGCACGACGCUACGCCGAGUGAGGAAAAACAGCGCGAAACCCGCGGACGGAGGAGAGACAUCCAGGCAAGCCGAGACCCACCCGCUCAAUCCGCCUCCAUCCUCCGCCCGAUGGCCGACACCAAGGUACGUGACGGGCCGCAGCCUCCCCCCACACCGGCCCCGCUCCCCUCGCCGCCCGCCCGGCUCGCCCUCUGGGCGCAGGGCGGGGAUGCUCCGGGCGGAUUGUCUCCGGGAUCCACCGCCCCCGGCGGGUCAUGGCGGGGAGACUGUCCGGCAUCCCGGGCAUCGUCCCGGGCACCUCCCAGCAUGGCAGCGCUGCGGGCGGCGCGAUCCCUGCAUCCCGCUGGCGGUACCCACACUGCCGUGACGCACAACGACAUCCUCCAUCUCCAUGCGGACACUCACCGCGUGUCAGCCACCCUCUCCCCAUCCUCAGCCCGCCCGCCGGGGAGCCUCUCCCUCCCCGGGGAGCCGGUCCUUCUGGGUGUCUGCUCGGUCAGACCAGGAGGAGAGAGCGUACUCUCUCUGUAACACCCGCACCGCAUUAAUACUAUAUAUAUAUAUAUUGUAUACUGUCAUUACCACGUCUUCUAAUUGGAAUUGCCACCAGGAAUGCAAGUGAUGGUUUAGGAAGUCUAUACAUGUACUUCCAGGUUAAUUAGAUACAACUGUGCUGUUCUUGUUGGCAAUGCACAGACUUGUGUGAACCCUCUGAACCAAAGAUAAGAGAGGUCCUUUUAGAAAAUAAAAUAAAGUUUCAUGAUGACACAGGUUUUUGCACAUAAUUAACAUUGGGCAGUUUCAGGCUGAUGUGACUUGUGUGUGUGGGGGGGGGAGGGGUGUAACUAGCCCCCAAUACAUACAGACUCCUGCCUGCAUAACCUCUUCUAAAACCAGGUCUUGUUAUGGUGGUUAGUUACCCUAAACAGUCAAGUCCUGUGCUGCCAGAGGGGGUUUUCACUUAUUAAUGGCUAGUGACCGAAUAAAAUAUCCUUUUAUUAGUGAUGUCAAAGACCUGGUCUGUUAACAGUAGGCCUGUAGUUGGCAACCUUCAGACCACCAGAUGUUGCAGACUAAUUCUCUCUUGAUAUUUUACCAGCAUUGUGCCUGUAAGAGCAUUAUGGGAGAUAUAGUGCAUAUCUGGAGUGGCGUAGGUUGCCUAUCCCUGCACUAUGCAUUCACAUUUUAAAUAACAUGUGACAUGCUCACUGAAGUCUUCGCAGUACUACUUAAAAACAAAACUGAUACCUCUUUAAGUGGUAGCUAACUACUUCCUUUAUUUUAUUGAAGGGACACUAUAGUCACCAGAUCAACUACAGCUUAUUGUAUUUGUUCUGGUGAGUAGAAUCAUUACCUUCAGGCUUUUUGUAGUAAACACGGUUUUUCAGAGAAAAUGCAGUGUUUACAUUACAGCCUAGUGAUAACUUCACUGGCCACUCCUCAGAUGGCUGUUAGAGAUCCUUCCUGGGUCAUGGCUGCCUAAAAUGCAUCCAAACAGUCAGUAUCUCCUCCCUCUGUAUGCAGACACUGAACUUUCCUCAUAGAGAUUCAUUGAUUCAAUUCAUCUCUAUGAUGAGAUGCUGAUUGGAAGGGCUAUGUUUGAAUCGUGCUGGCUCUGCCCCUGAUCUGCCUCUUUGUCAGUCUCGGCCAAUCCUAUGGUGAAGCAUUGUGAUUGGAUCAGGCUGCCACUUCUGGUGAGGUCAGCAGACUGCCUGUUUUUUGUUGUUUUUUUUUUAGGCAAACAGCAUGCAGAGCUACAGUUUCAGGUUUGAAUACAGUAAGAUUUUGGUAUAUUUAUGGAGACGGGGGGCUAGAUGGUGGUUUUAACGCAUUAAGGACGCAGCUUCAAAAACUGGACCUACCCUUAAGGACACAAACAUUUUUUGCUGUUUUGUGUUCAACCUCAGUUUGCAUUUUUCUUAUUUAUUGCACCAGCACAUGUUACAUACCGUUUUUUUAAAAGGGCUUUAAUCUGAUGUAACAUAUACAGAUAUAAAUUCGUAUUUAUUAUAAGAAAAAUCUUUUUUUUUUUCCUUUUUUUUUUUACAUACACGUUACAUUUUUGGGGGGUAAUUUUUCAAGCCUGGUAUGUACCACUGUGAUCAAAACCCCAUAAAUAUGCUCGGCAAAAUCUUCUGAAUGAAACAAUACCCCCAAUGUAUGUCUUUUCUAAGCUACGGUGCCUUAAGAGUCCUGACCAUUACAGUUUUUACAAUUAGAAUUUUGAUAAAUGGAUUUAAUGUGUCUAUCACAUUUUAGGGCAUUGUAGCAGUUUUACAGUUAAAAUUACCCCGUAAAUGCAUACCAUUUGUGAAAGUAGACACCACGAGCUAUGUCAUAUGGUAUAUUUUGAGCUUUAUUAUACAGUUAUGUCAGCACCAGUUUCUUUCAAAUUUUAUCAUAUUUUAUUUUUGCAUUUUUAUACGCACAUGUUGUAUUUUAGUGGUUAAUUUUGGAAACUUGAUAUAUGCUAUUGUAAAUUUAAAUCACUAAAUUAUUCUCUGCUAUAUUUCCUGAGUACAAAAUUACCCCCCUUGUAUACCUUAGCCAGGUUUUUGUGAACAAAUACGGGGCUAAAAUCAUACCCGGCCCAGUACAGUUUAUUUUUUUUUUUAUUUUUUUUUAAUAAAUGGCAAAUUGACAAUGGGUCUUUGUUUCAUUUUGGGGCAUUUUAGUCACUCAUAUAUUUAAAUUGCACCACCAAUGCAUACCAUUUACAAACAUGGACACCAUGGGGACUCUCACAUAAAACAUUAUAAGCUUUAUAGAAGUGACAUUUUGUUACCAUUUUGUUUAAAAGGUUGUAGUAUUUUUAUUCUAAAUAUUUUUACAUAGUGUUUUUGAUGCUUGUUUUUUAAAUCUCGUGUGUCCCACUGUCAUAAAAUUAUCUUAGCUGUACCCAGCAGCAUCUUCUCAGUACAAAUAUACCCUAUAUGUAUAUCUUUGGAAAGUAGCGCUCUUAAUCCCAAUCUAACCCUCAAUCUAAUAAUAAACCCUUACCACAAUCCUAACCCAUAACGUAAUCCCAUGUGUAACCUGAAUUAUAACGUUAAUCCUAAUCUCAAUCCUACCUUUAGCAAUAGUGUUAAAAUGAUUCCCCCUGCUUGUGUCAGCAGAGGAAUUUACUUGCUAUAUUCAGCAAGGGAUGCCCGUGCUGACCCUAAUCCUAAUCUGAAACAUAAUCCCAAUACUACAAUAAAUUAUAAACCUAAUCUUAAACAUAAAUUUAACAAUAAACCUGAUAAUAAAUCUAGUACUUAUUCUAAACCCAAUAAUACUUAAUUUAAAGGACCACUAUAGUGCCAGGAAAACACUCGUUUUCCUGGCACUAUAGUGCCCUAAGGGUGCCCCCACCCUCAGGGUCCCCCUCCCGCCCGGCUCGAGAAAGGGGUUAAAACUUACCUUUUUUCCAGCGCUGGGCGGGGAGCUCUCCUCCUCCGAUCCUCCUCUUUUCCUCCUCCUGGGCUGAAUGCGCACGCGCGGCAAGAGCUGCGCGCGUAUUCAGCCGGUCGCAUAGGAAAGCAUUCUCAAUGCUUUCCUAUGGACGCUUGCGUGCUCUCACUGUGAAAAUCACAGUGAGAAGCACGCAAUCACCUCUAGUGGCUGUCAAUGAGACAGCCACUAGAGGAUUAGGGGGAAGGCUUAACCCAUUCAUAAACAUAACAAAGAGGAGUUAGGCACUCACUAAAUAAACUAAAGGUAGGCAGCAGUGAACCAAGCAGGAAUUCCCAAUACCUGCUCACAGUAGUAAAACAGAAGAGACAAAAGUGGUAAACCGCGCCCAAACAGUGCAAAUAAUAAUUAAAAUAUAUACAUACAGAGAGUCCUCUAAUUAGGAAUGUAUAAAACCUUCAAGGCAAAAAAGUACAGAACAAUAAUAGUGCAAUAUGUCAAGUGAAAUAAGAGUAUAUAAAAGCUUAUAAAAGACUCACACUUUGCAGAGCUACUCAGAGCUCUGCCGUAUAGCGCAUAGACGGUAUAAUCCCCGUCUCAGGAUAUCAAGUGAUGGUAUAAUGCGGUAUCCAAUCCUCCACAGUGGUAUAUGGAAAGAUAAAAAUAGAAAUAAAAUCCAAUAGUGUAGUAUAUCUAUUAAAAGUGUGCAAAUAAAGGAAAAGUAUCCUACUUACAAAUUUCAGAGCAAAUAUCUUGCUCUGGUAUAGACAGCAUGUGGUGGUAUGAUCCCCACCAAAGGAUAUAAUUUAGGAUUCAAGAUGUAUCAGGAACAACAAAUAAAGUAGUAAAAACUAUAACUUUAUUGUUACAAAAUAAAAAAUAUGUAAUAAAAGUAUCAGAUCUCUUACUUAACGCGUUUCGCCCGGUCUGGGGCUUCUUCAGAAGUAAUAAGUCCAAAAUUCAAUGGAGUCCUCUUUAUAUAAGUGUUCCUGAUUAAUGUGAUUUAGUCCUGAUGCAAUUUCACUUCCUACUUCCGGGUCGCGUGUGUCACCCGGAAGUGAUGUCAGCGAGUCUUUUCGUAGCUUGCUGGGAUAUGUAGUAUCCCUCCAUUCAUGUUGUGUGCGGCUCCCGGAAGUGACAUCAGCGUAUCUCCCAAUGGUUGAUGGGACAUGUAGUUUACAUUGUCCAUUUCUCUAUAAACAGUUUCGUCACCCGGAAGUGAUGUAUCAUAAUCUGGUAUUGUUCAUGGGAAUUGUAGUUCGGCAAAUUGCCGAUAUGGGAUACAAUACAUAUAAGAAUAAAAUAAGUAAAUUAUGUAAUUAACAAGGUGAUAAAAUUUAAAGAAAGAAUGUAAAUAUAAAAACAUAUAAUAAAAGCAAAUAAGACAUAUGUUUAAUUACAAAAGAUAGCCAGCACAUUUUUUUUAUUUUAUUUUUUUUUUAACCAUCUAGGCGCUAUACGGCAGAGCUCUGAGUAGCUCUGCAAAGUGUGAGUGAGUCUUUUUUUUUAUUUUUUAUAAAUUCUUUAUUUUGAAGAUUUUUGUCAUUUAACGUGGGGAUACAGAAAAGAAAAGUUGGCGGUACAAUUGUCAUACAUAGUUUACAGAGUUAUCAUAUUCUCAUGUAGCAUAUGAUCAGGCUAUAUCAUGUGGCAUAUCUUUCAACUUUUCUUUGGGGAUUGGGUGGGGUACAGAAAAAAGAAGAGGGAAGGUGAGUGGGGUACAUUUACAUACAGUUUCAAUUCUUCCUUUAAAUCAAUCCGGUUCUCUUUAUGUUGGUGGGUCUGGGUGGUUUUGGGAAUGAGUUGGCUUGUGUGAGCCUUUUGCGUGGUGUAGUGUCCGUGAUGGGUUGCGUCGUACGAUGUUAGCGCAUAUUGUUCCAUUGGGUGGGAGUGAGGGGGCAGGUGUUUGGGGGUACUUUUUCCUGCCUGUUUUGCGUUGUUUCCUAGUUCAGGUGUUGUCUAUGCUCGGUUUUGGUCGAGUUGUCUGGUUCACUGUAAUGUCUGGGGGUGUAAGAGGGGUGCCGGGGAAAGGGGAGGUGUGGGGUGGGUUACCUUCACCUGUUGUUUCCGUUGUGCUUUUCAGGCUGGGUGUGGACCCAGUUAUAAGGGGUGACCUGGUAAGUCGGUGUGUGUGUGUCGGCCAGCGUGGGUUUUCAGCCCGUUGGUGAGUCUGAGAUGGUAUGAGUAUUGUGGUUGUUGUCGUAUGUUGCUUCUAUUGUGGCCCACUUUUAUGGUUUCCCAUCUGUAUGUUUUCUAUUAUUUAAGUGUGUGCUGGGUGCCUCUCAUUGGAGUUGUGUUGUGGUUUUGCUUACUUCUGGGGAUGUUGGUAUGGUGGUUUUGUUGUGUGGUCGCUGGAUUUAGGCUGUUUCAGCUGUUUUCUUAGUUGGCGGAUAUGUUUGGUUCUGUUGUAUUUGUUUCGGGGUGUCCGGUAUUGGGGGAUUUGUUCGGCCCUUUGGGGUUUCUUGUCUGGGGGUUCUCUCAGUUUGUGUGGUUGGGGGUUAUGUUUGGUGGUCUUGGCUCUUUUAUGUUUCUGUGUGUGUGGGUGGCUGGUACUAGAGGGGAUGUGUCUGAUGGUUCUGGGAGGUGCUGGUGGUUUAAGUGUCUGCGGAGUGUUUUUGUAGUGUGGGGGUGUGUGUGUUUCAGGUGGAGAGAGGGUUUUCGUAGAACCAUGGGUCCCAGAUUUUGUGGAAGUGCUUAGUCGAGUCGUGUACCAGUGCGGACAAUUCGUCCAUUUUAAUUGUCUCCUUUUAUUUUUUGGGUUAUUGUACCCACGGUCGGGGUUUCUGGGCUACCCCAUUUUUCGGCAAUGGCUCUUCUAGUGGCCAGUGCUAUUUUGGCAAUUAGUUUGUUUUGGGCCCUAGGUGUGUUGGGAAGCGGUUUGGAUAGGAGCCAUGUCCAGGGGUUUAGUGGUAUGUCCGUGUGGAGGAUUUUUGAUACCAUGGAAGCUAUUUGUUGCCAAAGUUGUGCGGUGGGUGUGCAUUCCCACCACAUGUGGAGGUAUGUGCCCUUCUGUCCGCAACCUUUCCAGCAUGUGUCUGACCUGCCCAUCUGUUUGAGCCUGAGGGGGGUAAGAUACCAUCUCAUAAGCGUCUUGUACGCCUGUUCUUUGUGGUUGACGCAGAUUGAUAUAGAUGCUGUGGCCUCCCAGAUCCUGGCCCAAUCAGUCGGGUCUUCUGCCGGGCCUAGAUCCCUCUCCCAAGCCGACACAUAUGUAAGGGCCCCGUCUUUAACAUUUUGGAUUAGGUGUGUGUAGAGUGCGGAUAUUUGGCCUUUUUGUGUCGGGGAUUGCAUGCAUUGUUUUUCGAAGGAUGUGAGCUCUUUAGUUCCUGCUUGUUUGGUUAUUGGCAUGUCUAGGAAGCUUUUGAUUUGGAUGUGGCGGAACAUGUCAAAUGUACGGUAUGGCGUUGCAUGUGGGAGCUCUGGGAAAGGUAUUGGUUGUUGGUUUUUGUAGUAGUGGAACAGUCGAGUGAGGUCGUUUGCCUCGAAGCGGGCGAAGUCUUUGGGUGUCAUGCCCGGUGGGAAGUGGGUGUUGCGAAGUAGUGGGGUUAAUGGUGAGUGUUGGGUUGUAAGGCCGCUCUUGUGAGUUGUUUUGUCCCAUAUGUUUAUGGUGUUGAGUAUCGCCGGUGAUGUGCGGGGCAGCGGGGGCCUCGCUGAUUUCUGUAGCCAGAUGUAUAGUGAGGGGAAGUCUCUGCCGAAGAUGUCGUGUUCAAGAUCUACCCAACGUUUAGCUCCGUAUGGGGCGUGCCAGUUUUGGGCCUGCGUUAGUUGGGCUGCCUGGUAGUAAUGUGUAAGGUGGGGUAAGCCCAGGCCCCCGGCUCUAUUGGGUACAUAUAGGGUUUGGCGUUUUAUUCUGGCGCGUCUGUUGGCCCAUAUAAAUUUGUCGAUGGUUGUUUGUAAUGUUUUGAAGUCGCUGCUCCGGAUUGGGAUCGGUAGGGUUUGGAAUAGGUAUAGAAGCCUAGGGAGCACGUUCAUCUUGACUGACGCUAGUCUGCCCAGCCACGAGAUCGGCAUGUUUUGCCAGGUAGAGAUGUCGUGGGUUUUUUUCUGUAUCGUGGGUGUAUAGUUCCGAGCAUAGCAUUGGGGUAGGUCUGCCGGGAUAGCGAUCCCCAGGUAUUGUAUGUGGGUGGGAUUUAAUCUGAAGGGGUAUUUUUCUUGGAUGGCUGCUGUUGUGGAAGGGUCUAUGUGUAUUGAGAGGGCUUCUGUUUUAUCUAUGUUUAGUUUGUACCCUGAUACCGCCGCAUAUGCUUCUAGGGCGUGUAGAAGUGGUGGUGAGGAGGUUAUGGGUUCCGUGAUUGUGAUGAGUAGGUCGUCUGCAUAUGCUGCCGUUUUAUACUCUUCCUCUCGUAUUCUGAGGCCGGUUAUGUCGGUGUUGAGCCUGAGGCUCUGUAGGAGCGGUUCAAGGGAGAGUGCAAAUAGGACUGGGGAUAGUGGGCAUCCCUGAGUGAGUGAGUCUUUUAUAAGCUUUUAUAUACUCUUAAUUCACUUGACAUAUUGCACUAUUAUUGUUCUGUACUUUUUUGCAUUGAAGGUUUUAUACAUUCCUAAUUAGAGGACUUUCUGUAUGUAUAUAUUUUAAUUAUUUGCACUGUUUGGGCGCGGUUUACCACUUUUGUCUCUUCCAUUCAUAAACAUAGCAAAAAAAAAAUGGGUUAACCCUUUUUAAAAAAAAAAAAAAAAAAAAAAUGGGUUAACCCUAGAAGGACCUGGCACACAGACCACUUCAUUAAGCUGAAGUGGUCUGGGUGCCUAGAGUGGUCCUUUAAUCUUAAUCCCAAAGGUUUCCAUCUACUAAUAUCAGUACUGAUAUUAGUAAAGGGGUUUUUAAACUAACAUACAGUGGUAUGUUGCUACCAUCUACUGGCUAUUUUCAGUAUUGCCGUCUCCCAUCUCUUACAUUGAAGACAUUAUGCCCAAUGCAAUGCAAUCUGUGCUGGGCAACUGAAAAUGCCCAGCACUGAUCAGAAUGGCAUUGGGCCAUAGAGGGUGACACUCCAGGGUCUGUUCAGACCCUGGGGGUCUCCCAAGCACCUGAUCACUUGAGAGAAUGACUGUAGCUGAGCUUGAUUGUGCAGCUGCAGUGUUCUUUGUGGAUUUAAAUGACUACAUGCAGUGCUGACUUUCAGCACUGCAUGCAGCUCAUCAAAAAGUCUGGGGCCACUAAAAAUGGCCCCAGCUGACAGAGGGGACCCCCAGGUUUCUAAUGAUACCUGGGUUUCCUAGUGUGAGCAGGGAUUUAAAAUUGAAAAAAAUACGUUUUUUUUUUUUUUUUACUUUUACUUGAAAAAUCUUUUACUCAGCUACAAAAGCUAAUGAAAAAAACUGCUAAAUAGAUUAGAAUUUUUGUCCUGAGUUUAAAAAUACCCAGUGUUUACAUGCUUUUUUUUUCUUCUUUUUUUUUUUUUCAAGUUAUAGGGCUAUAAGUACAAGUAGGAUAUUGUGGUUUCAAAAUAUACAUUUUUAAAAUUUAUCAAUAGUGACAUUGUAACACUGUUAUCUGUCAUAAAUCUCUGGGAAAACACCCCACAUGUCUGUGUAUAUAUAUAUUUUUUUAAAGUAGACAACCCAGGGUAUUCAUCUAAGGAUAUUUUGACACUUUCUAUGCAGCCAUUUUACCACCAGUCUUUGCAAAACUUUGCAUAGGUAGUCUGUUUUUUUUGUUUGUUUUUUUUUUUUUUUCACAUACACUGCAAUUCAGGUAUAAACUUACAGAUCCUGUUAUGUGUUGCUGCCAAAAAAAACACACUAAUAUAUGUUAAGCAACAUCUCCCGAGUACAGUGAUACCACCCAUGCACAGGCUUGUCGAGUUAUCACGAUCUCUCUCUCUCCUCACAAAACGCUACAGAGGGGAGAGAGGCAGAGAUCAGUGUCAAAGUGUGUGUUUGUAACACCCACUUUGACACCAGCCAAUUGUGAGCGAUCGCGGAUAACUCACACGCCGCAAUUGGCUGUUACUAUCUGCCUGGGAUGCCGGGCAGAUAGUAAUAACGGGAUUUCGGCGGAAGUGAUCUACGAUCGCUCCUGCCACCCGUUUUCCAUUAGGACGGUUCCGGACUGUCCUCGGUCGGCCAUGCAAAAAUGCAGAGGACGGUCCUGAACCGUCCUGUCCUGAAUGGAGUUAAAGGGACUUUAGUGUCUGUGUCCCUAGGCAGCAAUGUUUAUAUUUAAUAGCCUGCAGGGACAGGCUAUAGACACUAGACCCCUGCAUCUAAAUUCAGGGGCCCAGAAAAUGAAAUCAUUUUUAUAUACCGGUUUUCCAAUGCAUGACCCACUUGGUGCUACCUAUAUGACUUCGUCCCCACAGGUGUCACUUCCUUGGCUUCAUAGAGAAGCAUUGGGGACAAUCUAAUAUGGAAGCACUGAAUCCAAUCUCUUCCCUAUGUUCAGCAUUUGAUGAUGCUCAUCAUGGAACAUCACAUAAACAAGUCAAACUCGGUAGUACCCUCUAGUGGUGUGUUUAGUCUUGCAAGCAAAACAUUGCUGAUCUACUAAAGAACAAUGUUUUAGGCUGCAGGAUUAAAUGAUGGGGACACUACAUCCAUAAUGGUAAGGGUACAUAUAGUGUCACUUAAUCUGUUAUUUAAGGUUAAAAAUAUAUAUAAAUAUCUAUUUUAGCUAUGGUUGUUCCUAUGUUUUAGAUUGUGGGCUUUCCUUUCUCAGUCCCACUGUUUUAAACUCUGCGGUGUACAGAGAAAAAGAGGACACAGGGCUGUCAUUGAAUCAGCUUUGGUGUUAAAUAAUUGGAAAACCAUUAACCUGAUUGUAAAAUGUCGUUCACACACCUGUCCUAAAACUAAAGUGAGACCAUUUUAUUUAAGAUCUAUAUUAAAUUCCAUCUAUAUAAUGUGCUAAGAAAUGUAUAGAUUGUAUUUUAAAGGGACAAGAACAACUACAGCUUAUUGUAGUUAUUCUUUGCAGGGUUUGUGAAUUGUGAUUGGCUGAGAUCAUCACUUCUGAUGUCAGCCAAGGAGGCAGAGCCAACAGGCUGGAAUAAGAUAUUUAUUAAAAAAAAAAAAAAAUAGAGGGGAAGGGGGCUGGAUAGUUAUUUUAACACCAUAGGGUCAGGAAUACAGGUUUGUGUUCCUGACUGUACAGUGUUCCUUUAAUCCUAUUUAUACAUGGGUUCCCAUACCACUGUUUUUUCAGGCAGGACAAAGGAGUAACCAGCAUACCACCCACUUAUAUUUGGGGAAUAUCGGUUAAAGUGAACCUGCCAUGACUCUGCUAUUAAGUGAAUUGUGUUGUCUAUGCACAGCUCAAUUGUGGUCAUGCAGAAGCUAUUGCCGGAUUUUUCUUUUCCUUUUUUAUUUUUUUUUUUGCGCUUCCUCCCUCUCGUCCUGAUAUCUGCAUGGAGAGCCGAAGGAGCUUUGCUAUGUUCAUCUCCUCCGCCAGACCUGCACAUCUUAAAGGGACAAUAUACUACAGCUUAUUGAAUUUGUUCUUGUGAGUAGAAUCAUUACCUUCAGGCUUUUUGCUGUAAACACACAAUUCUUUGCCUGCGUAUUAAAGUGUCAUAUUUAAAUUCUGUGUUUAUAAUCCAAUGCAGAAUACAUGUAUUAAAAUAUAAAUAUAUCGCAUCACUCUCAAAUGAAGCAUCAGCUAUAUUUUUGCUUUUGCAAUAGGUAAGUUUUAGUUUUUGUAGUAAACCAGUUAUUUUCAGAGAAAAGACAGUGUUUACAUUACAGCCUAGUGAUAACUUCACUGGCCACUCCUCAGAUGGCUGUUAGAGAUCCUUCCUGGGUCAUGGCUGCCUAAAAUGCAUCCAAACAUUCAGUAUCUCCUCCCUCUGCAUGCAGACAUUGAACUUUCCUCAUAGAGAUUCAUUGAUUCAAUUCAUCUCUAUGAGGAGAUGCUGAUUGGCCAGGGCUGUGUUUGAAUUGUGCUGGCUCUGCCCCUGAUCUGCCUUCAUGACAGACUCAGCCAAUCCUAUGGGGAAGCAUUGUGAUUGGAUCAGGCUACCACUUCUGAUGAUGUCAGCAGGUCUAAAGGAAACAGGGACGAAUCAAGCAGCUCCAGACUUUAAUAAGUAAGAUUUUACUAUAUUUAGGGAGGCGUGAGAGGGCCAGGGGGACUAGAUGGUGUUUGUGUUCCUAACCCUAUAGUGCUCCUUUAAGGGAUUUCCUGUGCUUCAUUUGUUUCUUGUCAUCAAGAAUUGUGGAUAACCUUUUUAGGCUCUGAAGCUUGAAUCAAAUCUGCUUUAGGGCUUAUUGUUUUUCCUUCGCUGUUGUGUUUUUUUUUUUUUUUGUUACUGCUGUUCAUUCUUUGUGGCAGGUGAAUUCCACCAUUAAUUGUGACAUUGUGUCUACAUUUGGCAUCUCAAGUCAGCCAAGAGAGCUUUGGAAAGAAGAGAAGGUAGUCUGUUUCAGGAGUUGUCAAAUGGAGAUCUGCUGUCUAUAGGAACCUUCUCAAUAUUCCCCAUGUAGUCAUAGCAGGUUCUCCAAGGCAGAAAGCAAGACCUAAAGGUCUGCAAUUUUAGACCUGUACCCUCAGUGGUGGUGGAGGCCCUACCUACUCUAUAUUUCUUAGAUCCUUGAACCAUUCUAAGGAAGAGCAAAUAUAGAUGUGUAAAUCAGACACCUGCCAUUAAAAUAAAAGCGGAAUGUGGCCAAUACUUCAAGUGACUUUUCAGUCUCUUUGCUUUACCUUGGCCAAAGCUAUCAUGCCCCUACUAGUACCAGGUUAUACCAGGUACUAAUACCAGGUUGUAUUUCCCAACUGGGAUCACAGCAGCCUCUCCUACUUUAGUGGUGGUAAGGUAUUGUCCAGUAUGCCAAAAUUAUGCUAUUUCAUGGACUUUAAUCACAAGAGCAGCUCACUAAAUUGCAAGCUAAAACAGUGUUUAUGAACAGGAGGUAUAAUUGACACUAAACUCAUUUUGUAAAUAGUUUAGUGCUUUCUUCAGAUAGUCCUGGGUAUCUGAAUUAUCCCUACAUACUGCAUUUAUAAAUUCCUGAUUUAAUAUUAAUGACAUUUGUGCUUGUACUGACUAGGAUUGUUUGCAUUUACAGUACAAGCAUAUUGGUCCUUCUUGUGAAUAGUUGUUUUGAUGAAUAAAAGAAUGUGCAACAAGUUAGCAAGCUCAGUAACAGAUUUUCGAUUCACAGGCUGUUGUAGGGUUAAAUGUUUGCUAAUGCUGCAGUUCUGUCAGUGACAGGGGUAUUGUUCAACCCUGUGUUCUGUUGACUGAGCACUGUUUCAGCACAAUUUUGUUUAAACUUUACAGAGCAGAUGCAUGUUCCAACUAAUUACCAGUGUGUACCCCUUUUGCCAGAGUCUACUUUUAAGCUGCGUCUGUUGGGCAUGUAUGACAUGGUGGCACUUUUUUGGCGAAGCUUAAUGGCUCUUCACCUGUUUACUCACUUAUAGUGUCCCUUUUAAUGUACUCUAACUACCAAACAAAUGUAACUUUAAUUGAGUGGUUUUAAUGUAUAGAUCUGCAGAUUAACUGUUCGGUUCCUUGCCAUUUAGGUGUUAAAUUACUCCUAAAUGGCAAAGUCACACCUCCGCUGAGUGUGCACAGUAUCUUUACACAUUUCCUGUAAAGAGAAGUUCUCAUGUUUAAACUUUUUUUUUUUUUAUUGUUCAGUUUAAUUUACAAUUUAUCUUCUGCUCAGUUAAAGGAAUACUAUAGGGUCUUGAAUACAGUGUAUUCCUGACCUUAUUUUAUUAAAAUUACUAUUUAGGUGCCCAAACUCCCCUUGCCCUCAUUAAAUAAGGUUAAAAAAACAAAGUUUUUUUUGAAGGUCUGCCUGUGCUGGCCUCACCCCCUAUUUGCCUCCUUGGCUGAGAUCGUCAGAAUAUGCUAUCUCAGCCAAUCCAAUGCUUUCCAAAGCGGUGGGGGUGGCACCAGACAAAUUAUUGCAUCUCUGCAAAAUGUUCAGAGCCUCCAUGCAUGGUGUAGAAAUGUUGAAAUGUGCAGUACUGUCCCGGGAGGCACCUCUAGUGGCAUUCUGAAUGACUGCCACUAGAGGUGUUUUUCUAGGCAGCCAUGUAAAAUCUGCCUUUUCUCUGAAAAAGGCAUUGUAUGGACCGACUGUAGACACCAGAACUACUACAUUAAACUGUAGUGUCCCAUGAGAAUUUGAUUGAAAAUGAAACCACUUUUUUUAUUUAUUUUUUUAAUGCUGGCUGUAAGAGUCCCAGCUUGGGGAGGUGUGGCAGGGCUGAACAAACAGGAACAAGUAAUAGAAGUCCUAAAUAGCAGAUAAUUGAGCAGUGUUACUUCAGGGGCAUGAUCUAAACAGUAAAACCUCUUUGUUAAUUUAAAGUUGUUUUGAUUCCUAUACAGUCCCUUUAAAUACCAGCUCUUGGCCACACAUCCUCAGUCUUUAUUUGACCCACAUUUCAAAACAAUUCAAAUUACAAGAUUCUGAAAACUGGGAGGCAUUGCCAAAUGUAGAUGUGUUGGUCGUACGGUUAUAUUAAAACAAAAAAACACUUUUCCCAUUGGAAAAGUGGCUGGUCUUUUGAGCUGGUUAAUGGCCUUUCAGCUUCAACAACACAUCUCCAAUAGAUGCUUUGAAAAAGUCAGUCAGGGACUGCUGUCACAAGAAGCUGGCAUGUAUCUGUGGCCCAUAAUGAGUUGUGGGGGUAUGCAGGCAACUGAAGAUCUUAAAUGAAGGGGUCCUAUGACCAAAGCAAUUGCUUUCUUCAUCUAUCAAAACUGGUAUCAAGAUGCUUGGAGUGCAAGAAACACACUGCAGUCUCAGGAAAAUCAGGGUAUAUUUGAGAUACUGCAGCAUGUAACCAUUUGCUAGUUUGUCAAGCCCUACAGCACAACGUAACUGAAACUAACGCAAGUCUAUUUUUUGGAUUAUAUUCCUACACUUUUUACGAACGUAAUAUGAUGGUCAGUUUGUAUUUAUAUAUUUUUCACUCUAGGAAACACUGGAGGAGCAUGAAACCCCUACUGACAACACAGAGGAUGCCAAUCACGAUCCUCAAUUUGAACCUAUAGUUUCAUUGCCUGAGCAAGAGAUUAGGACACUUGAAGAGGAUGAAGAAGAAAUGUUUAAGAUGUAAGUUAUAAUACAUCUUAAGUAGUAAUUGCCUAUAUGGGCAGACUAGAUGGGCCGACUGGUUCUCAUCUGCCGUCACAUUCUAGGUUUCUAUGUAGGUCACCUGUAGGCAACCUACACUCCAGAUAUUGAGCACUACAGCUCCCAUAAUGCUGGCAAAACAUUAAUUUCCUAUGUACACAUUUGUACAUAUUGUUCUCACCUGUAUCAGUGAUGUCCUGUCUAGUGGGGGAUGCAGGCUGUCAGUGCAUGACUAUUUUCCUCAUUCCCCCUGAAACUGUAUAUCAAAGUAUUCAAUGGAAGCCCAUCAGGGAGAAUGUUUUAUUUCUUUUAGUUGACAGAGAAAUACAUACUAAGGCACCAAGUGCCAUUUCUGUGUAUUAUUGGUGCCUGCAUUUGCUGAACUCCUUUUUACCUGCUUGGCCUCUCAUCCUUGGGUGGUUGGUAAAAGAAAUGCAUUUAAAUAUAGGUCUGUCAGCUUAAGUAAAAUUGUGAUGCUUCUUCUUCAAUAAGUCUAACCUGUUAAUUCAUAGGCGAGCAAAAUUGUUUCGAUUUGCAUCUGAAAAUGACCCGCCUGAGUGGAAAGAAAGGGGCACUGGGGAUGUUAAGUUGUUGAAACACCGGGAGAAGGGUACAAUUCGCCUUCUGAUGAGAAGAGAUAAAACUCUGAAGAUCUGUGCAAAUCACUAUGGUAAGCAAUUGUAUAGAGAUUUGUUUUAGUGCUUUGCAUUGUCUUAUUUUUCUAUAUAAAAGACUAGCUGUCAUGUUCUAAAAUAGAUGUAAUUUUUAUGUGGGAUUUAAAGAUUUAACACUGGUCUUUCCUGUUUUGCAUCUGGCAAAGAAACCGGGAACACAAUAUAGUCUGUCUUUAAAUGUCUGAAACCAAGAUGCAUGUAUAUGUCUGAACGGUCUUGUCUUAUAUUAAGUGGGAAUUUUAUUUUUAUUUUUUCAAAUUUUUUUUUUUAACAUAGUAUCUCCUUUCAAUACUUGAUGGGGGAAAAAAAGGUGAGAGUUGUCCUUUAUGUUUGGGACAAUUAUUCAUGCUGUAAUCGUAGAAGUCGUCUUGGAAACAUUUGUGGGGAAAAUAUAAUUUAAUUUAGAGAAUCACAUGUAGUAGUUGUGAAAUGGUCUUCUGAGUUUAUGAAGACCCCAUAAGUCAUUUGUUUCUGAUAUAAACCUUUUUUUCGUGAGUUACAGAAUUAAACCCUUUUUGUUUUAACAGUUACACCUUCAAUGGAACUCAAGCCCAAUGCAGGAAGUGACAGAGCAUGGGUUUGGAACACAUAUGCAGAUUAUGCAGAUGAAGCUCCUAAACCAGAACUGCUUGCCAUUCGGUUUUUAAAUGCAGAGAGUAAGUAGCACGUUGUGCAAUUCUGCAUUUUAUUUUGUCACCUGUGUUCACAUAUUGAGAGGGUGAGAUAAUGCCAAUUAAAACCUUCUCAACUGAAUUUGCUUUGUUUAUAAAUUUCCAUAUUGUUUAGAAAAGUCUAACUGUGGUUUAUGGGGUAUGUAGUUCUGUGCUUUCUGCAGGAUAAUGGUUUGCAAUAGCAAAUAAUUAGCAAGAAUAUAAUUUGAUAAAGACAUUCUGUCUUUAUCAAUUUUAGAUUAGAAUGCAAUUUGUGAUGCGCAAAAGAUUUAGAAUGAUCUAAUACUUUGCAAAGGAAUAUAAAACAAAGUUUGCCAAGUGCUAAAGGGAGGGCAAGUGUUUGUAUACAUACCUGAUAAAUUAAGCUCAUGAAUGUUUAUUAAGGACUCUUGGCUUAUGUACAGUACUUCUUCAAAAGUCCAAUCUUGAUAAAGUGCUUCCAAAAGACAACCGCCUAUCACAGUUACAAAAAUCAAAGAGAAAAUGUCUUUGGCGCAAGAAAAUAUAUGUGCAAUAAGACACGUGGUCACACAAAGGGCAGUCAAAAAUAUGUUCCCUUGAAAUACCAUAAUCAUCGAGAUGGGAUACUUUCAAUUAGUAUUUAUAGUAAAAUAAAGAGAAACAAAUUCAAGCACUUGGAGUGUAGUAUUUAAUAUAACAUAAGAAUAAAAAAAACUCGCAAGUAAAAUGCAUAAAAACAUUGUGCAAAACUCGCAUUGUACAUAAGGGUGUGACUUUCUCCAGGCUGGUGUACUUUCUUGUAACUCUUGGAAACACAUUGAGCGAAUCCCAAGUGAACUAUAAAGUGUUUGUAUGUUUUUUCUUUAUAUUGAACUAUGUAUCCCAUCUCUGAUUAUGGUAUUUUGUGGUAACAUAUUUGUGCUUGCACUUUAUUUUGUGCCUUAUUGCAUAUAUUACACUUUUUUUAAAUGACUUUAUUAUCUUUUAUGUACAGCACUGCUUACUUUCCAGUUUACUCCUUGUAAAGUACAUCUGAAAAUAGAGGACUUGAUGGGGUGACAUCUCCAAGUUUACCAACUGCCAAACACCCAUUACCCAUCUAAAAUGUCAUUAACUUAAGUACACACACUGACAUACCAUGACUCAGACGUGCCACAAAUCCUGACCUGCAUCUGUGUUUUUUGGUUUUUUUUUAAGUGAAGAGUAAGAUUUAAGCCAGGCUAAUGGCUAAAGACUUAAUCUUUCGAACAGUUUUCAAAGUGACCAAACUAUCAAUUUUUUAUUUUGAUGCCUUAGUUCACAGAUAAUUGUUGUAGUUUAUUGAAUUGUCUUUGAUUGUACUUUUAAUUGCUCCGUCACUUGCUUUUUGCAAAGUAUUAAAGCAAAGACCAUAAACCUCCAUAAUACUUUUCACAUUUAAUUUAAACCCCUUUUCAGAUGCUCAAAAGUUCAAGGCAAAGUUUGAAGAAUGCAAGAAUGAAAUUAAGGGGAAUGAAUCUAAAGGUAAGGAAAUAGACUACAGUUUUCUACUGAUGCAUUGCAGACUCACUCUGUUCCAAACUGCUACCUCCAGUUACGGUACUUUUUCAGUCUGCUAAAUAAACUCCAGGAUCUUCUUUAGAAGACUUUUGUUUUGUAACAAAAAGUUGUCUAGUUGAUCAUGGAACAUACAAGUCAUAAACUUUAUUUUGCACGGCACUGGCUUGCCUUUUGAAAAAUAAAUCACAUGUUUAGCAGAGUUGACCAACAACUGCGGCUGUUAGAGCACCAGCUGUCUGCUUCAGUCACAGCACAAUGCUUUUAAUUUUUAUAUGAAAUUAUAGUGUUUGCCUAUUAAAAUUUACUUAAGCUAGAACAGAGUGACUUUUGGCAACCCUGUAACUCUGCAAUGGACAUACAGAAGCAAUUGGCAAAAAGCCUAUUAUAGCCGUUUCAAGAUCCACUACCUAGCAGUUGGGGCUGGUGAAGUUUGCAGAGUUGGUCAUUGAACUCUAUUUACCAAAUCCCUGACUCUGUAAAGUCAUACCAUUUACAACAACCUAUAAAUUACUUCUACUUCAGAGGGUCAACUCCAUCUGCUAUUGCAUUUACAAUUUAAAUCCCUAGGACACAGGCCUAAUGCAAAGCCAAUUGAUAACAUCAGAAAUGUUGUUAGAAGAGACAAUGCAUGUCUGGUCUAUACCCUGACAUUACUUGCUCAUUGUCAAUGGCAUCUCUAUCCAAUAAAGAGGAUGGGGAAGUGCACAUAUUUCAACUCUGCAUUUUUAACUCCAUUAGUCUUACUUCUACCCCUCACCCCACAAAGAUUUGAGGUGACCAUGCUGCAAAUGCCCCUAGGGACCAGCCUCCACUUUUAUCAACUGUGUACUUUUUUCUUUUUGAAUUAUUUUUAUUUUUUAUUUUUUUUGGGUAAAAUAUUGUGGUGGAGGCUGAGAUUUCCAGCUUGUAAUCCACUGGAGUAUAUAUUUCUCUGUACUCGCUGUUUUGAUUUUUGGUUUGAAAUUUAACAUUAUUGGGUAGUAUGUGGUCUUCUAAAAUGUCCUGCACUUUGGCAGAAGCUGAGCUCUGGCUUUCUUGAGAAGUUCUUUUGGUCCUUCUAGUAAAUGCCCAUUGUUCUUGUGUUCAGUGCAAUGCAAGAAAAUAACAUCACUCCCAGGGGUCCUCAAACUCCGGCCCCGCAGAUGUUGCUGAACUACAACUCCCACGAUUCUUUGAAUUACAUAGCCAGAGAAUCAUGGGAGUUGUAGUUCAGCAACAUCUGGGGGGCCGGAGUUUGAGGACCCCUGCUCUAGGCCGUAAGGCUUUGGGUUCUAAAUAGUUGCACUCUGAACCGCCUGCCUUGUUAGAGGUUAAUGCUAAAAUAAAUGAUACCUGAUGGACAGGCUUACAGUUAUGGUACAUAAUUCUUUGCCUGCAUAUUAAAGUGUCAUAUUUAAAUUCUGUGUUUAUAAUCCAAUGCAGAAUACAUGUAUUAAAAUAUAAAUAUAUCGCAUCACUCUCAAAUGAAGCAUCAGCUAUAUUUUUGCUUUUGCAAUAGGCAAGUUUUAGCUUUUUGUAGUAAACACGUUCUUUUCAGAGAAAAUACAGUGUUUACAUUAUAGUCUUGUGAUAACUGGUUACUCAGAUGGCUGCUAGAGAUGCUUCCUGGGGUGGAGAGCACUGAAAUUCAGUGUCUCCACCCUCUGCAUGGUGACACUGAACUUUCCUCGUAGAGAUGCAUUAAUUCAAUACAUCUCUCUGAGGAGAUGCUGAUUGGCCAGGGCUGUGUCUUCCCCUGUUCUGCUGCUUUAACAGUUUCAACCAAUCCUAUGGGAAAGCAUUUUGAUAGACUUAGAGAAUCACUUAUGUAGAUGAUGCAUUAAAGGGACACUAGGCACCCAAACAACUUCAGUUCAUUGAAGUGGUCUGGCUGCCAACUCUCAUCACUCUUAACCCUGCAAGUGUAAUUUUUGCAGUUUUUAUAAACUGCAAUAUUUACAUUGCAGGGUUAAGUCCUCACCUAGUGGCUCUUUUCUUCCGACUUUUGGUUGUCUAAACGAUGCUGGACGUCCUCACGCUAUGCAUGAUGACCUCCUGUGUCGCAGGAACCCCCAUAGGAGAAAGGUGUAAUGCGUGCGCGGCCACUGCCACACAUUAGGUGUGUGUCCCCCCCCACCGAUGUCCACGGGUAGAGCCUGACCCAGUGCUGAGGGACAUCAGCGCUGGAUUCAGGUUUUAACCCCUUCAGAGACCCGGGAGGGGGGGUGGGAGAAGGCACUCCAGGGUCAUCUAGUGCCAGGAAAACUGUUUUUUCCUGGCAUUGGAGAAUCCAUUUAAUCAUAUCCAGAAAAAAUAAAUUUUAUUGUUGUGUUGUAAUGUGUCUCCUUAGACUUGUGAAUGUUAUUCGACCUAUUGUGUAUAGUCUUCUGUCUUUCUGUCUGCAUCUUGUUGAAUAUGUGACAACCAAUCCUCAUUCUUUUUGGCAGAAGAGACCAAAAAUGAUAGUGCUGACAAAGUUGCAGAAAAACUAGAAGAUCUCUCUGUAAAGGACAAAGUGCAGGAGAAGGAAGUGGACACCAAGCAAGAGAAGGAAGUGGACACCAAGCAAGAAAAUGAAGAAAAGCAAUAAGUCAUCCAGAGCCUUGUACACUUAAAUUUUACAAGGACUUUAUAACCACGAAAAAAGAACUGAGUUCAAACGUUCAGGUUGUUUUUUCUAAGCUUUUGCCUCUCAGAAGAUUUCUUCAGAAAAAAAAUCCAUUCCCCAGUCAUGAAAAUGUACUGUGUUCACUUUCUUUUUCCAUAGUGGAAACACUUAUUUAUAGUCAUCCAAAUUAAUGAAUAAACCUGUUUGAAAAACGUGCAAAGGACACGACUGGAUUCUAUAAUAUUUACGCAUAUGUAUUCUAUAUCUGCUCGGGGUCAUGAGUGCAUAUGGAUGUGGUUAUACUAAGCUAUUCUUAGGUUGGUGUCAUUUUGAAUGAUUCAGAGGGAAUGUUUUUUUUUUGUUUUGUUUUUUGCCACUGGUAGGAUGACUCGUUAUGUUUGAAGAAUAAAUCUGAGCUGAGAAUAAAGUCUUGUAAAUUUUUCUAACAAGCUUUUAAUCCAUGUGCAGAGAAGUGGCAUGGACCCAUUUUUAAGGUCAAUGUUCUUACCUCCAAAUUCCUUGCCUAGCAGAAAUACCUUGAAAAAUAACAAUUAGUUGGUGCAGUUCUUACAUGGCACCUGUACUAAAAUGCAUAUCUGUAUUUUGCAACUGCUGCAUAGCUUCCAAUAAAUGUUUAAAAAAAAAAAAAAAAAAAUUCAAUAAAAUGCCAGUUUUUGUUUGCCUAGUAUAUAUGUGUAACCUUUAAUAGGUUGAGUUAUGAAGACUUUUUGCUGUUCCAUGGAAUUAGGGACACCUUCACAGGGUUCAAACUUAAUUCUGAAGCACAUUGGCACUAGCUAGCACCCCCAAAAAAUAUUUACCAUGCCAUGAUUUUUUUCCUAUUUAAUGGAAAAGUUGCACAUGUUAAGAUUAAGAAAUGCUUUUAUAUUGCAUUACUACUAAUCUAACUUGCUUGGAAUGUACCAAGAUACUCAAUAAAGCAACUUCUUUAAUGUAGAUUUUAAUGCUUUCGAGAAUUGUAUUGCAGAUUUAUUUUUUUUU